GUCUCUCUCAUUUCCAUUCAGUCUGUGGAAGCAGCAGCAGCAGCAAGAGGAGGAGGAAGAGGAGAUUACAUCCCAGACCCCUAAAACAACCCGAGCAAACAUGGUCGUUGUGCGGAUCGCCGCGUGCUUGUGCCUGCUGGUGGGUUUGUCGUUCCAAGUGGACGUCGUGAAAAGUGGGAAAGAGGAAGCGGGGAAAGCCGGGAACUUCAUGGAAGACGAGCAAUGGCUGUCAACCAUCUCCCAGUACAGCCGGAAGAUCAAACACUGGAAUCGCUUCAGAGACGUGAGUGUUGUGUGUUUUAGUGUGAUUAUGAGCGCGUGCUGUUAGAUCUGAUACACGCUCGUGGGGAUGGUUUUCUCAGGUGAUUUCGCGCGCAGUUCACUGUCGUUCAGAAGUGCAAAAUUAAGAAAAUGAAAAAGAAAUGUAAUUCUGGUUUAUUAACACUCAUUUUACCUCAUGAAAUUACUGAUUAGAUGACUUUUUUGGCAUUUAGGCUUUUUUUUAAAACCCCUAUAACACCCUUAAACACUGAUAUGCAUAUUUUUCUUUUAGGUAUUUCAAUUUCCUGUAUUUAAAGUGACACCACAAACCUCUAGAAGUGAAUAAGAAAAUACAAUUCAAAGGAAAUCUUUAUUUGUUUUUCUAUACAACCCAAAAAUAAAAGAUUAGUUUUUGUUUUUGCAUUUUCAGUUUAAAACAGAAUAUAUAAUAGAGAUGGAAACGAAAACAAAAUAAAUUUUCCUUUUCGUUUUGUUUAAUUUCCCACGGUGCCUUUCUACUGUUUGCACAUGCGCAUUGCGUAACAAAGUAGCCAACAUAUGGUAUGUUGUAUCUGAACAGGUUAGCUUACGAGCUAAAGUUACUUAGCACAGAGGAAAGUCAAAACAAAGACGUUUAGCAAACUGUCAGAGCACACAAACUAUCCUUCAGGUCGUUAUCUUGGUAAUGUUAAUGUCUUUUAUCAAAAAGCACUCUGUUCUCUGACACGUAAACAAUCAGCCGGUCAGCCAUGUUGGAUAUACCAGUGAAUCAGACGUCGCAACAACACGCAAUCUGAUUGGUCAGAAGUGGACGCACAGUAUGCGAAUCGCAGGACAGGAAAACGUCACUGAUGUGAACGCUUGUAUUGACAGGAUACAGGUUCAAAAAAAAAAUUGACGUCCGAAAUAAUUGCAUGAUAAAAACAGUCCUGGUGGAAAAAAAAUACCUCCUCGCCACCGAUGUUUUCUCGCCGGUGUUGUUGACGAUGUCGUCAUCUGUUGAGCCUUCAUCUGCAUUUCUAUCAAAACAUGGCAGAAUGCCGACUCUCAAAAAGCAUAUUGACCGUGUUUUAUAUUGAUAUUGAGGGAAAUUUAGUUUCGAUAUAUAUCGGUAUCGUUUUAUCACCCAGCCCUAACUUAAACACUGAUGUGUAUAUUUUCCCUCCAAGUGUUUUAAUUUCCUGUAUAUAAAGUGACACCACAAGCCUCUUUUAAUGAAUUAAAAAAUACAAAUCAAAGAAAAUUUAUGUCAAACAAUUUCCAAGCUCCUGCUGCAAACAGUAGAAGCACCUUAUGCCUGGCCCUGUCUUAAUUCACUUCUCAGUAACCAUUGAUCUGCCACACUGCUCGAAAAAUGUAAAGGCUCACAGUGAGCAGCAGGAAGCUUUAUGAGCACUCAUGGCUAAAAGCCACACAGCAAGACACCGUGUGUGUGCUCUAAAUCAUACAUCUCAAGUCUCAGGAAAAAAAUCAGAGAAAUAAAAACAUGUUCAGUUCCUUUGUCGAUGUGCAGACCUGAAUCUGGCCUUUAAAGUGACAGCAUCGUGUCUUCUGUUUAGUCAUGCCAGGCACACUACAGGUUAGAGACUAAAUUAUUCAGGAAUAUUAAAUCCCUUAUUAAAAUUGUACAUACAAAAAUCUACUGAUCCUUCUAUUUGAGAUAAUAUUUUAACUAAUGGGCAAAUAUAAUUGGCUUCCACUUGGAUAGUGGGUCAUCUCAUAAAUCUGUCGGGUUAUAAAACGCCAGUAAUGGUCUGAUACAAAGAAAAGCCACCAAUGCUAACACUCAAUGCUAACAACCUGUUGAAUGUCAGGAGUGACUCUGUUAAUUAACUUGAUGGUGAAUUAUGAUAAGUAGAUUUACAGGCUUUUUCCUUUUUGUAAGAUCCGACUUCUACCCAGUACCCACACUGAUAACUGCUCUGAUAUUUAAAUGUUUUGUAGACACCUAUUUUCAAUUUUGGAGGUAUGGGUGUUUGUUGUCGUUUUGGUGGAUUUAGUAGGUUCUUCUUAAUGGUAAGUGCAUUAGCCACAGGAGAUGCCUGUGAGCUUGGUCCCUUUGUUGGGCAAACUGUUGGAGAUGGCUUUCAACAGCUGCAGAAGACAGGGUCAGUUUUAUCAUGUUAUUUGAUUAAAUUUGGGAGACUCAGACUAACAUACUUCAGUCACUUAGACUGAUGCCCUCUUUAAAAUUGACAUUGCUUUACUUGGCCAUGAAACAGACCAUUUGCUUUAGCGUGAUUCUCAGACACAAUAUACAUGCUCUUCCAACUGCAGUGUAUUUAACCAGUGCAGAAACAAUACAAUAUGAUACAGAAUGAUACACAGUUUGACACCAUUUUGUUGGUGUCAAAGUUUGAUAUUGCAAAGUUUAUAAAAUCAUCUAAGUCUUCCCCCAUCUACAGGUGUAUUCUGAUGCUGUAAAAACACUGUCCAGACCAUGGGGUGUAUCAUAAACCACGAGAGCAAAACAUUAUCUUUGAAGAUGUACAACCACUUGGAACCUUUGGUUUUCAAAUUUAGCUUCUGAAUAUUGAAAAAAGAAUGGUUGAGCAAUGCAGACUGCACUUGUAUAUAAUCCACUUGUUUCCUCUUAUUGAGAGAGGUCUUGGAAUUGUGUUGUCACCAAGUCCAACUCGUGACAGUGGUAGUUUUCACCUUUUGCAGUAUGCACAUCAGUACCACUUGGCAAUUUGUAAUCUCCCCCAAACAGUGAGAAAACGAAUAGGCCUCCUGAUGGCAAAUGAAGGUGCUGAAAAGCUUACACAUAAAUCAUACAGUUGCACCCAAUCUGCAUUUGAGUUAGGGUGUCUUUAAAUCAGAGCUGACACCGUCUGCAGUGGUGGUGGCAUAUCUCCCGCUUUCGCCAUAAAAAGACUUAGUUGACUGUCCUCCCCUGUGGUUGACGCACCUAUGAUUGAUGGGUAUCUUGAACAAAUAAAGUGAACUAUCCUUUUAAGAGAAGUCACUUUAAUGGAGUUCAAUUUUUACCCAGUAGAGCCCCCAUGGGAUAUGUGGACAAUUGGUAGAUUGUGAACAUGAACAGAUGUCAGAGGCCUAUCAUGUCCAGUGUGGCUCAUCGGUGCAGCAGCAGCUCUUCCCCAGUGCGAAAUAUUAAACCACGUGAUAUAAUCCAUGAUGCUAAAAAGAUCUCUGUGGAGGAGUCGGUUAGUAUCAGCUCAGAUCAAGGCCUCUGCAAUGACGACCAAUGCUCUGUUGAUGGGAAAUAUCUCCUCGGACAGAUGGUCUUAUCAACGUUGAACAGGGAGUCGUUGUGCUAAUUCAGGCUGUGCUUGGUGGUAUGCAAGAAAAUGUCCAACUGCACCUGAGCCCCGAAGACCCAGGAAGCUUGUAAGUGAAUGCAAAUUUGUCCUGUCAUGCAAAGCUGGACAUUAUCUUUGCUGCUUUUCCCUCACCUGUCUGAUUGAAUCAGUGGUUGACUCGCAGAGGUAGAUGAGACCUUUCUGGGGGGGUUGUGGUGUCGCACUUUGGGCAUCGGCACCUGCACUUUUCUGAAAAGACCUCUAUUAAUCCUAUUUUAUUUGCAUCUGGAUUCAGAGUAUGACUCAUGCAUUCAUUUCAUUCAGACCCUCCCUCAAAAGGGUAUGUGAUGAUUAAUAGUGGAAUGAAAGGUAGAAUUGAUUGAAUUGGCCAACAGCUAAACUAAAGCCGGGUUAUUAUGGGAUAUAUUUCACUAAGAUACUAAUUCAUUAUGCACAUCAGGGUUUCAAGUAAUUGAUCACUAGAUUGAACUUUCACUUAAUUACAUGUUCUUCAAGUUUUUCACCGUCCAAAACUGAAAGAUGUUAAAAUUUGAAUAAUACAAAACAGAAAAGACAAAAAAAUAAUCAAUCAGCAAAGCAAUGAAUCAACCAAUAAUAUCAACGCUUUCUAUCUUUCUAUCACUCUGGCAUUUCCAUGAUUUAUAGCUGUAAAACAUUGAAUCCUAGAGGAUUAAUUAGACAUUCCUGCAACUGAUCAUCAGGGAGUGUCUCUUAAAUGUCAGAGUAAAAACUCAUUUAUUGACCAGCUUCAUUAAAGUUAAGCUAACGUGCUCUGAUUAAAACAUAUCAACAGAAAUGGUGAAAAUGCUUCAGCUGGUGAGUUUUGGGUGUUUUUUUAGGGGUGUGCAGAUACAACUUUUUUACUUCUGAUCUGGUCUCACUCUGGGACCCACAUUUUCCUAUGGUCCUUAAGUCACGACCCACUUUUAUAAAAUUCAAGCCAAGCAAAUUCAUUCUAUAUAUAAAAAAACCUUUAAAGCCUCAAAUCUUUAACAUAAAAACACCAAUUUUAUUGGGUAAAGUGCAUUUCAGAGCACAUAAACUGAGGACAACAACUACUAAAGUUGCAUAUACAAAAAAUAUCAAAUAUCAAAUUGCACAAAAUGGAGACCAGAAAAAUGAAAAAUUUGACUUUUAUGCAUCUCUGCAUUCAGAGCAAAAAGAGACCAAAAAAAGAAAAAACAUAUCUAUUCAUUUUCACUGCAUUCAGGCCACAUUAAUAAGAAACUGAGGAGAAGGACAUAUUGCGUGCCUUUCAAAAUAAGCUAUUUUUCAAAAUAAAAGACAUGUCAAACAUCAGAUGUGCAUUAAAUAUUUUUUUGACCAGCUGUUCGCGACCCAUCCAGAAUGUGUCCGUGACCCACUUUAGGGUUGGGACCCACCAGUUGAGAACCACUGCCUUAGUACACACUGUUGUUGUGAUCACAUGGGCUCUGCAUGCUGGAUUUGGAUGCCACUAGAGGUGCUGAAGCGUAGUCUGUAAUAGAAUGAUUGGAUAUUGGAGAUUUAAAAUGCAGGCCGAUAUAAUCCGAUAUUCAUUUUUUUGCUGAUAUAGGACUGAUAGUUUUUACUGUUUAAUUGCAUAUGCUCUUUAUUUGUUUCAUUUACUUUUAUAACCGCACUAUUAAUUAAUUUAAAGAUAGAUUUAAACAUACAUAGAAUAUGUGGUUCCUGACUGUCAGUGGUUUGAGAAUAAGAGUGAACCCAGUUUUAUAUCCUCACACUACACAGAGCGAGAUCUAACAUAGGAUUGGUUUAAAUUAGAGACUGGAAAAUGGAAGCACUUUCCCUCCAAAACCCCAAAACUGUUUCAAAUUGUUGUUGUUUUUAUUUUAGUAUUUAUGCCACUGGUCUGGUUGCAUCACAUCAUUGAGAACCGAAAGGGUGCUUGUCCUCGUUUGUUUCUGUCAUGUCGUGUAAACCUCAUCAAGACAAUGUUGAACAACAGCACAUGAGAGAGUGUCGGUGCUGACGGCAGCGUCUGAAAUGUGAAAGGUUGGUGUUUAUUUACUUGCUGUUCUUGGAAACAGGUGGUGUGAUAUGGCAAGCAGGAAUAUUCAUACUGUAUUUAUAUAGAAGUGGUGAAAAAAUCACUAUGUGGGCUUUAGGAAACUGUGAUGGCAGCUUGAUUGAUCGGUGUCAAUUGAACCCAUGUCGCCUACAUAUGAUUACCUAGAGUGAAAACAUAAUGAGGGAACGUUGAAAGGUAGAACAACGACACCAACAGCUGCUGAGACAGAGGGUGUCGAGAUAAUCCUCAGCAGGUUACGGCAUGUUAUACAUCCUCCACUUUGACUGACAUCCAUGGCGAAGCUGUAAUCAUGACACACUGAAAAUGUCAAGACGUCAACUCUCCUGAUGCAGAUUCCCAGUGUUGUCACGUUAGCUUCCAGUUCACCCACACACACAGCGAGCAGACCACCAGGCCACAAACACACAUUUGAGGAGAUCGUAAUUACUUGCUUUCCCCGGAAUCAGCUUUAAAAAAAUAGAUUUUUCGCCCCUUCAUGUGUUUUUUUUUUUCCUCAAGCACCACUUCGGUGGAUCUGUGAGAUGAGAGCUCGGGCCACUGCUCAUGUGAACAAUACUGUGCUGUUCAUUCACAGCCAUCUUUCAGAGCAAGGCAAAGAGGGGACUCAUUAAGGAGCUGUGCAGCCUUUCAGCCAACCACAGGGGUCUGUUUAAAGUUUGCACCUGCUCCCCUGCCAGCUUCAUCUUUAGAGACGAUGCCUGUUGUGUUUUUUUUUUUUCCAGGUAAAUGGCUCGAUGACUUCAUUGGUUGUUAAGAUUAGCACAGAAUGAGCCAAAAAACCCACGGGCUCAUUAGCCUUGCUGCUGCUUACCAAUUAAUUUGAUUUAGGACAGUGAUAAAUGCAUUAAUUAGAUAACUAUGAUCGCUUCUUUAAAUUUUACUCAGGCCUCUCACAAAAUCUACAUGCUUAAUAUUCAUAAAGAGAUACAUGAGAAAAAAAAGGAGCGAUAGAGAGAGAAUAGCUCUAAUGUUUCAUUUCUGUACACACAGGAAACAAGCUUCAGGGCUGCAGCUCAUAAGUAGGCUAUUAUUUUCAUGCACAGAUAGCUCCAAUUAUGAACGGUAAAAAAAGGACUACCUGAUAGGUGGUAUGGCAGGAGCAGAGAGGUGAACAUGCAACACAGUCAGGAAAGCGCUAAUAUGAAGCAAAAGGCCUAUUUGCUUCAUUUGGCUUUGGAAAAUAGACAAACAAGUUUUUCAUAUUUGAAGUAUGGAACUGAAAUGAUCAACUCCAGACAAAUUUUCUUCUCUUUCCCAGCUCAUGGAUGUUAAAAAACUCAAAUAAAUGUCUUUUCAGACUUUUAUCUGACAGUGAACACAUGGCUAAAACACAUUAGAAAAAGAGUUUCACCAGAAAGUGAUGCCUCAUCUCAGAAACAGUCUGCUUGUAUUCUCACUGUACUAUUCUGAUUUUUCCUUAAACAUGAAUUUUAACUCUUUUCUUUGAAAUUUGGACUAUUAUUCCUUACAUUUGGUCUAUUUUCCUUAAAUUGGGGGUAUCAUGCAUUUUGUUCAGACUCUAUACUUACUCGAUGAUACCUCUUUACAUUAUUUUAUGAUCCAAAAAAGCUUCAUAUUUCUUACUUAACGCUUUGUUCUGGCUGCUGUCUCUUUAAGGCCACCGGUUAUAAGAUUUAUAAUUUCAAUGUUGUAUUUUUAAAUGUCUGAAACUAGUGCAUGGAGGGUAGGUGUCAGCCAAGCAGCUGAGAAACGGCCAUGAUAAACAUUCACAAUAGAUGAUGUUUUAUGUCAAAAGAAACUACUUAAGCAUGUAGAAGGUAAGACAAGCAAAGACUACUUUGUCCACAUGGGGGCGCCAAAGAUUUCACAGUCCAAAAGUUCCUUACAGGAGCUUUAAACUCAACUUUUCCAAUGAUAAACUCUAAGUGUACAGGAUUGCACAAAUCAGCCUCUAGAGUUUUUCUGCUUCACCACUGUCAAAGUCUCUGAUGUUUUCUUAUCUCUUUAUAACGUUAGCUUAACGUUAACUUCUUUUGUAUCUUCCUCUUCAUGGGAGCCGACAGUUUCUGUGUCUUUGACCUCUCCUGUUAUUUCUCUGCUGUGUUUGUCUCUUCUCUUUGUUCUCAACUGUAAACAAACCACUGCAAGCUUAAGUGAACCUUUUUCUUAGCAUUAAUGAUAUAGUAGUUAGUUCCUUCAAGUUUGUGAGUGGAGCCUCAUCCUCAGGGUCUCUUAUCGAGGAAUGUUGCUUUGAAGUGGCGAAACACCAUCGAGUACUUUGCAGAGUGAAAAAUUAGCUUCAGCUAACCAAUGUAGCGGCUUGCUUGAGCUACAUAGACAUACGGUCUAGUAUAUAUAAUGUAAAGGGACUUUAAUGUUCUUGGAUGAACCACUUGGGCCUUCAUAGAGCCGCUUUAUCAAGCGAUGGAUCAGCUUCAUAAUUUAUCAAUGCUGAGAUGAAUAAGAUGAUGAUAGUGAUGGUCCGGUCCCUGAUCCUACAUCUGCACAGCUCCACUGCGAGAGCUCCUAGAUUAAUUCAAGACCUGGGUUCACUCUGUUUUGCUGUUGAACACGAAGUCUCUGCAUCUUUAGUGACACUGAGCUCCUUUACUGAGCUCAAAGACACGCUGCCAGCUGUGUGUUUUUCUGCUCCUGUCAUCAACUUCAGCCAUUUAUAAGUGUCCCGCAGGAUUUGUGCUCCGGCGCUAACAGCUAAUGUAAUUACAGAUGUGAAAAAAUGAGAAGAAAUGAGAGUAAGAGGACAGUGCGCAAUUGUAGAAAAUAUGAUAAUGAGACCUAUUUCCAAUUAAAAACUGGAGGCAGUGCAGGGGUUGAAAAUUAGGAUGGUAGAAACCAUAAUGAGAUAAUAGUUAUCUGUAUUUUUCUGCUGAGAGAAUCUGAAGAUCACACCAUCAAAUCAACUAUCUGUGGCGAUCCCCUCAUUGCACACUAAUGAGAUCAAAAUGGCAGAAGUGGAGGGGAAAGAGACACUUUUUUGUUCCUCCUGUCAUUACAAUGCACGUCUGUGACUGGAGGUGAAUGUCGGGCGGAUUUGUUGCGAGUGUUUGGACCGCUCUGAUACGGUUCACAGUGAAAACAGAGAAGAAAGGAGAUCCUGUUGGCUUCUCAACACAAGCGUGGGUGACUCCUAAUUGAGUGGAGAGGCUGUUUUGUGUUGUUGGUCCUGUAGAAAAGCUCCACAGGCCAGAAAAGCAAUUUAUGCUCCGCAAAAAAAAAAGAAAGCGAAAGGAACAGAGAGGAGCUCAACAGCUGCCUUUACACUAGAAAAUGUUUUUCCUGAGCAAACCCAUGUUCUGCAGCUUAUCCAAAGAUACAGGAUUCUUCCUUUUUUCUGCAGCCGAGCUCAAAGACGCUACUUGUUGUGAUCGGAGAGUAUAUGUAGAUUAAUGUGUUUCAUAAUGGAGCCUGGCUGCACCUACUGCAUUAACACACACGCACCCAGAAGCAAAGAUGCACUGAAUUCCAUCUUUUUUAGCCAUUAACUUCUCUCUGAGUUACUGAAAAAUGUCGGACUGAAUAAUUAGCUGUUCCAAGGUUCUUCUUCUGGCUCUAUUGUUCAUGCAUUAUUUAUAGUGGCAUCUGCCUGAGAGUCGUCUCAGUACUGCUAGAGCUCCUCUAUGCUGUGCUGCGGGCAGAGCAAUAAACGCUGCCAGUCUGCUGGUGUGUGUCUGCAUUUUUUAGGCUGGUAUAUGGGCACAGCCGAUACUCAAUCAAUGACAGUGCUUUUUAGCAAACAAGCAAACCAUGUCAUUGCUUAAUUUCGCUAUCAGUAGGGCAGCGUGAUAAAUCUAAUUCCCCCAGGCAGGAGAAAUACAUCUCAAAACUCUGCCUUAAACUCAAUAAACAGGAAAGAAAGUUACUGUAUAAUGAGUUCAGGCUGAGGAUGCAGAUAUUUGGCCUAUUCCACGAAGGUCUGGCUAGCCGUUAGCUAUCUUUGCAUGAGUCAGCGUUAGUUUAAUGGUCACUAGAGGUUUAGCUACCUCACUUCGAGUUAAAGAAGAAAACUAAUAUCGUAAAUUGGAGUCAAUUUGUUUUAAAGAAAAUGAGCUAAAAACACAGGUAGUGUUCAAAAUAGGCGUGGGUGUGGGCACCAAUGGUCUAGCAAUUUAAGACCACUAUGUGUAGAGGUAAAAGCUCUUGUUGCAGCAGUCACUCAGUGCGUUUACUUGUACAGCUUAAUCGGACUAAGCUCAUAAUUAGUUUUUUUUUUUGGCUGAAUUGGACUUCUCUCCAUGUCUGUGCAUACAAACAGUCGCUGCUGGAAGAGAGUAGGUGAGUUCAAUUUAGUCUCUUUGCUAAAGAAAUUAGGCAAAGUUCAAAUGAUGCUUGGUAGCUAGUGCUGUGGCUAGGACCCUGUAUGUACUGUUGAUGAAGUUAGGUGCUGUUCUGAGCAUUAUUUGUUGCUAUAGAGUGGCUUUUUGGUUGGAGUUUGUUUAUGUCUCCUCAGACAGCUGUAUAUUGCUAUCGUGCGGUCAUUACUAAAGUUGGUAUAACUAGAAAAGCAAGCGGUCAGCAACAUUCAUCUCUUGAGGGGGUGUCUAACUCAGUGUUACAGUGUGUUUGACCUUAAAUUAAUUUUACGCCGGAAUAUUCCUUUAAGUACUUUGCAUAAUUGCAUAAGUACUGUAUUCCUUCAGGUUCAUCCACCACUCAGUAAAACCUUAUCCUCCUGAAACGAGCAAUUUUAAGAUCAUGCAGAAUUAGGCGAUCUAACAAAGUCUGCUCUUUUAGCCUCAGGUGCCAUUGAGUGGGUAACUUGUCAUAAGUUUACAAUCCCAGUCCAGUGUGAUGCAUCCUCCCAUAUGUGAGUGAUCAUCAGUUUUAUUUCAAGAUAUUUGGAGAACUGAACAAAAACACCUAAAGUAGGAAUUCACACAGAAAAGGUCUGGCGAUGAUCCAAGUGAGCAGAAAGUCGUUUCUCUCGGGGCACCCUGACUGUCCGUUCUUAAUUUAAAGUCCAACCACCCAGUAGUUUUAGUGUUGAGAAAAGUUUCAGACUGACCUUAAGGUCAACAAACAUUUCAACCCCUGGAGCCACACUGCUGCCUAAUAUUGUAAGAGGAAUUUAAAAUGCAGGCAAGUACAGAAAAAAACUUACUUUCUAUAAAUAUAAAAAUAUCCCAAUUACAUUUAAAAACACAGUGCAUAAUUUAAGUAGUAGACUUGGAGUGGUAGUAGUUCACUCUGGUAUUUUCAGAUUCGAUUUAGGUCUGGGGAGAGAUGACUGAAUGCUUCUGAAUGUCUGAUGACUUAGAUUCAGUUAUUCAGACAGUUUUAAGGAAAAUCAUGUUGCCUUUUCUUGGUACUCUGAGUCUAAAAUGUCUGAGUCUCUUUCUUUAUAAAUCUAUUUACUUGGCUUCUCAAAAAAAAAAAAAUCAAACUAAAGGAGAUUUAUGACAGGAAAAAAAAAACACCUUUGUUUACUGUAGACCGGGUGUUUAAAUUCUACUUGACACUAACAUCCCGAUGUGUUUAUCCGCACUGACCCUCAACACGCUCACAGACGCGAGGCAGAAUACUCAGUUUUCCCCUCGCUGAGUAAACACUCAAGGAUGGCCUCACCUGCUAAAAUCCCAUCAGCCUCUUCAGCGAGAGUGCGGGUAUGGGACCUGUUAUUUGAAUGGAAAUUAUUAAACAUGAAAAAAAAAAAAAAAACAGCGCAAACACUGCUGUGCAUAUAUUGGCCCGGCUGAAAUAAAUUUAGGCUGAAGAGAAGUGCCGCCUUGAAUAUAUUCAGGUCUGCCUCAGAUGUUUCGGAAACGUGUCUCAUGGGGCUGAUUUAUUCCCAUAGUCCCAAGUUUCCUCUAAUGUCACACAAAUGAGAAGCUCUGAUGUUAAAUAAUUUAGUACUUAAAGGGAUAUUCGGCGUAAAAUUAAUUUAGGGUCAAAAACACCAAAACACCGAGUUAGACACCCUGUAGAGAGAUGAAUGUUGCCAACAACUUGCUUCUGUAGUUAUAGCAACUUUAUAGCAACCGCACUAUAGCAAUACAGAGAGCCAUGGGCUCAACAAAACGACACUCUAUAGCCACAAAUAAUACUCAGAACAGCACCUAACUUCAUCAAUAGUACAUAUAGGGUCCCAGCCAUAGUACUAGCCACCAAACAUCUUUUUAACUUUGCCUAAUUUCUCUAGCAAAGAGACUAAACACAACUCACCUACUCUCUUCCAGCAGCCGAUUGUUUGGCCAGUCCAUCAACUGCAGUGGGGUGACGCAGCUCAAGGAAGAACAUUUAUGAUCAUUACUUUAUCAUUUCCUUGAAGUAAUAAUCUCCACAUUAAUCAUUUUGCACUGCAGACGAGGUAGAUCUUCUGUCUUAGCGUCUCGGUCUGAUUGCUUUCCAUGAAGAAAUGAUCAUAAAUGUUCUUCCUUGAGCUGCAUCACCCCGCUGUAGUCCAUAAUGGACUGGCCUGAGGCCCGUUUGUUUAUUGCUCCUCAGACUGCUGUGUAUUGCUAUCGUGCGGUCGUUACUAAAGUUUGUAGAACUAGGAAAGCAAGCGGUCGGCAACAUUCAUCUCUCAAUGGGGUGUCUAACUCGGUGCUAUGGUCUGUUUUGCCCUAACUUAAUUUUACGCUGGAAUAUCCCUUUAAACAAGAAGUAGAUUGUAAAAAUCUUGUCAGGACAUCUAGCCAUGGCAAAAACAGCAGCUUCUUUUGUGACAUGUGACAGUAACUUACAUCUAGAAACUUCUGUACAAUAGUACAUAGUACAUAGUUGCUUCAGCUACCAUGAGCCGUCAUCUCAUUUCAAACAGUAGGUUAUCAAAUAUGUCGUUUAUCCUGACGUAGCUUUAGUUGCAGAUGGCUGUAAAGUUGCAGAGUGCGAACAUAUACAUUUGCAACGCUGACUCUUAAUGGGAGCAAACUAGAGGCUGGAUGUAAACUUGUUCUGAUAGAUAAUUAUUCUGUAUAUUUUUAUAUGAAAAACGGUAGUAGAAUUGGGAAAUGAUAAAAUGAUAAUGAUGAACAGAUUCCCCCUGAGUAGCAUAAAUGCACAGACUUCCAUCAAACACUUUUUAGGAUUCCUGGCGUCAAAGAGAAAUGACCUCCGUGUGAAAACGGUGCUCUCUUGGAAAUGAACAGUCCUGAACUAAACUUACUGCCUGACCAAACAAGGACAUACUGCUCAUGCUCAGUUACUAAAGGUGUAAUAAUGUAAGGUGCUCAGGUUCAACCUGGCAUUGAUAGAUUCUUCGCUUUAGGCCAUGAAUCACUCACUGUUGAAACAGCAGGGCAGGUAAUGUACAAUUAGGCCGGGCGGCUACAAAAACUUCAAGGACAUGCUCUUGCCUGAGGAGAAUCUGCUUCUUGUACUGUCUUCUGAAUGUUUAAUUGUAACAUUGGACAUGACGGACGCCUUUUAGUCUUUGGCUUGACUGUCCCAGAGCUGUGGAGAAGCAGGGAAAGCCGAGAGCCUCCUUUCUGUAUUAACUAUCCGAACGAGAAGGAGGCGUCAAGGACGUGCUCGAAAAGGCCGUUGAUCUUGUCCGUGAACACGCUGUAUUUAGCAUGUGAGGCAUGUGGCGGAUAUUUGUGUUUUUCUAAGUGGGAAGGACACUGUUGAUUUGCAGAGCUGGCAGCGUAAUGGAUACACACUGCAAAGUCAUAUUGAGAUGACCUUAAUCAAGCAAAUCAUAUAGAAGGGAUAGGGCGACGAGCUAAAGCGCUAAUAGCUUUUUUCUCAGCUGAAAGAACCCGACAGUUUCUCAUUUAUGUGUAAUGUAGUCCUUUCCUAAAGCCAUAACGCGACAACUCAUUGUGGCUCCCUGUUUUACUGUAAUAUCCCACUGCCACUGCAGGAGAUUAGCAUUAUCAGCAGCCACAACAACCCAAUUUGUUCUCAUUGCCACAGCAGACGGGGGAAAUUAAAUGUAAUCAUCCAGCUAGCAUAUUUAACUUAGCUACCCCCUGUGCGCCGUCUCAUGCAGAUCCCCUCUGCGGUUCAACCGGGCUAGUUAACAUUGUUAUCUUCUCCUAAACAUGCUGCUGGUUUUUAAACUUCUGUGUCUGUCAGUUUAAAUAGAGCUGUGUGGCUCCAUUUUACUUGUCAUUUUAGUCCAAUAAUUGAAACAGCAGGGAAAGCUGUUGAAAUUCGGGGAAACGGCUUAUAUAAACGGUGACAGGCACAAAAGCUUUUGGUAAAAUCAUAUUGUAAUCACUUGCUGACCACACAUGCUGGCGGUGGACAAAAGCACACUCGAAUGAUGACACAGCUGCUCAGUAAAACAAGAGUUUUCACAGAUUUUGGCUCCUGCAGAUCAGACCAGGUUGAGGAAAAGCUGUAUGGAUAGAUUUGUCACUGGUAAUACAGUUAAAGGAAUGGUUCAUAUUGGACAGCAGUAGUGGUUUUUUACAUUCAACACAUAAGGGGAGAUGAAGAAGAAGCAGCUGCUACUAGAAAACUAGCUGUAGCACCCCUCCAGAAGAUAACAUGACACUUUAAAUACUAAUGUUACAAGAUGAUCCAAGCUUGUCCCUCUUCAGGGGUGCAAAUUAACUAAACAUUUUUACGUCUUAAUUGUUACGUUAGCUGUUUUCAUUCAGUGCAGUAACUUACAAUCUACCAGAAAUAGUCUUAUCCUUCAAACUUAGAUAAAAAAGCAUGAUUUUGUAACUCAGAAAAUAAAGUAACCCUAAUGCAAGAUGGGAAAAUGUCAAAAUAAAAGGACUUCAAACACUUGUUUUAUGAGGCAAAGGCUUCUGUCAGAGGGCUGGUGAUGUGGAUCAAACUUAACUUUGAACACCAUGGGAAUUGGAUGAUGACGUACCGUAUUUUUUUAACUUUAAGGCGCACUUAAAAUCCUUAAAUUUGACAGUGCGUCUUGUAAUCCAGCACGCCUUAUGUAUGAUUACUUCUUGUGCUUACUGACCGAUUUUAUGUGGUACAAUAUGCUCAAAAAUCUAUCUAAAUGUGUGAGUGCGACUUUGGUCAGCAACAAGCCGCUCCGCUCAAUGGAUAUUCGGACUAUUAUGGUACACUGUAACGCUACCUGAUUGGCUUCGUAACAGGACCCCCUGAGCAGUCUACAAGACUGCCUGACUGUAAUGUCUAAACUAGAAGUGCAUUCAUGUAAGGGAGCCCGGGCCCGGAGUACGCGCUAGCAACAAUAAACCAAUCAAUGCUUAAUGCGCCUUACAGUUGGGUGCGCCUUAUGUGUGAACAUAGACACGUUAAUUCACAGUGCGCCGUAUAAUCCGGUGCGCUUUAUUGCCCGAAAUAUACGAUAAGUCAAAAAUCUUGCCUUUCUUUAAUUUGCCUCAUUGGGUUGACUUUCCAUAAAUGUUGCUACCAUAUUGUCAAACAGAUAUUUUAUGGGCAUUAUAGCUAUGAGACAAGAAUGUAAUAUUAUGAGCCCUAGUUUUGUACUUUUCCAAAAGCAAAGCUCCUGUAUGGAACUUUUGAUUGGGAUCAAUUUUGGCGCCCCCUGUGGACAGGGCAGUCUUUGCGUAUGUCGUCUCACCAAAGCUUAUCCUGCUGAUUUUUGGCUGUCAAGUGAAUCAUUUACUAAGAAUAUUGUAAAAAAGCAGACUUUUUUUCCCCUCGGCUCCUCACACCAGUUUCAAGCACAAAAAGUUACAUGAUAAAAAACCAUCAGUCGUGCGGCUAAUAGUCUCUUUUUUGCUUUUGGUUGUGAUAAAAAGGCAUCGAUAUGAAGUGUCAGAAAACUCCUUACAGGAGCUUUAAAGAGAUACCAAACAAACAGCAUGUUUUCUGCCUUUUGAUGAUGCCUGAUGGGGCUGUCAGCCCAAAGCCCUUUAUUUUUGUUACUGAAGACAGUCUCGGGAAAAAAGUUGACUACAUAAAGUUUCAUCUCAGAAAAAAGGCCAGAAAAUUUCUUCUAAGGGAUCUUAUUUUAGUAGGGUUAUAUAAGGUACUUGACAAUAGUAAUUGUGUUACCCACAGGGGAUGCCAGUCAGCUCAGCCCCUUUGUUGACACUGUAUUUAGAAAAUUUCCAGCACUUUAUUUUGCUGUCAGAAGGCCCAUUAUUUUUUGCGCUACUGUCAGAGUUUCUUUAAAAUAGCUAAAUCAGGUGGUCACAUUGAUGUAUGGGGUGUUUGAUGACUUAGCUUCUGUUCUCGUUCUCCUCCUGGUUUCUCAACAAAGGGGCAAAGUGACAUCCUGUGCAGCUAAUACAUUCAAUAUUGACAUCAAACAGGUUAACCUAAAAAAUAAUAAAAAUACCCCUUCAAAUCACGAGUCACUGUAGUUUUUUAACUAAUGAAUGAAACAUGUGUAAACACCAUAUUUCUUGGGAACUAUUUUCAGCUGUGCAGUUUUGUGUCGUUUGCGAACGAUUCAUUCAAAAGAACCGAACCUUUUAAGUGAACAUACAGAACCGAAUCACUUCGUUAAGUGAUUCGUUCAUUUCUCACUUGAAUCAUUUUGUCCAUCCAUCUUGUUUCUGGAAUCAUUUUUGUAGGACAAAACUAACUUUUUUUUAUUUUUUACUGCUAAAUUGCCACCACAACAACUUGCAUACAAUAGGACACAGCAUGUAACAAGUAGUGCAUUAAACCUGCAGCAUCCUAUCAUUGCAGCGGUUUGCGAGGGAACAGUGAAUGUUCAGUUUGAAUUCUUCUAAAUGUUCAGUGAACGAAUCACGCACUAAGCCCAAUUUACUGAGCAGACCUGAUAAAUAGCAUACCAUAGGACAGUACACUUUAAACAUCAUAACUUAUAAACAAGUUCAUUUUUACAAACCUGUUUGCCAAAGCAACACAGCCAAACCCUCGUGUCUCCCGGUCCCAGAAGCUCUGAAUUGAACUGAAUCCUGAACCGUUCAGCUGUGUAUCAGUCCAGGAGGUCGGCGUCACAGGCUCCUCCCGCCAAGCGCUGAAUGAUUCGGUGAUUCGAUGAAUGAAUCUUUUGAACGAAUCUUUUGGGUGAACUGAUUCUAGUGAUUCAGUACAUCUUAAAGAACUGCCAUGCUCAUCACCACAGUGGCGGAUGAAUACACAACCAUGGACCGUCCACCCAAUGGACACAUCUUUGAUUUAUAUAAUUUUAAAAAUACUUUAGAUGGUUUUCCUUUUCUCAGCUUGUUGUGGAACAAAUUUACUCAUUUUAGCUCGGUCAGUGAUUGGUGGGCUGUUGAGAAAAGUCAACCUAGCAUUUGCUUUUUAGCCCUUAUGACACCAUUUGUGGUCUUUAAAUCAAUGCAUAAAUCUGGGGGUUGUUUUAAAAUGUUGAACAACUGUUUUUGGAAGUUGCUUGAGAAGGAAAAUGAACCAAUCAGAGCUACAGUGUGUGGGCAGGAAUACAGACUUUGGACUUCUUGUAGAGAUCAAACAAACAGAAAAAUGGCUUCCUACCAUCCUGAUAAAAGUAGAUCAAACGGAGUAAAUCAAGUAAAACAAACAAAACUGCUUUAUUUGUGUCUGUUUUGAUAUUUUUUCUCACUUGUCUUCAUCUUUUCAUACUUUGAAUUAAGAUUCACAGACGGAAGAAAACUCCCAGCGUGUCUUUUCGCUAAAUCAAUCACAACUCUGUACUAACAGAUUCAUGCAGAAAACUCGUAUUUUAAAUAGUUAAACCUGACCCGUAUGGCUCAUUUUUUCCUUAGGGCAACCAAAUCAGUUUGUUAGACUUGAUUGGAGCUGAAUAUAUUUUCUGUGCUUCCACUACAUUCAAUAUUGAUUUCAGUUUCCAGCAGUGGAUAAGUAUGCUAACACCAAACAAGAUUCUAUUUUGUUCAUCUAUUUAUGUAUGCGGUCAAGUUUUUGUGUGCGUUUAGAUCGAUACCUUUAAGUCCAGAUAGUUUGGGGUGAAAAUAGCACGCUGUAAUGGGGCAGUUUUGUUUUCCGUGGAGCUAGAUGCUUUAGCUUUUUUUCAUUAUGGAUGUAUUUUUUUUGUGCUACUAUUGUAUGCAGAAGCAGCAUGGCUCAGCACAGCGAAAGGCGGCUCUGCAUAAGCUGCAAGCUCCCUGGGGCAUCUGUGUGGAGCUCAACCUGAAGGCUCGCCUCCUCUCUUUCUGCUUCUUUGUUUUGCAAAUGUUUGGGAGGGAAGGGAGCGAAGGGAGGAGGAGGGAGCGAUAAGAUGCUGCAGAGACUUCAGGGUUCUGCUUGGCUCAGCAGCAAGGUCCAACCAAAUCCAUUUUUUUUCUGCAUCUGCACCAUCCUCCUCCUCUUCUUCCACCUCCUCCUCCUCUCCAAUUACUGCAUCUCACAGAGCAUGCAACGCCUCGAUUCAAAUUCAGAGUCAGCUACAGCUGUGAGCGCCGGCCACUGUUUGAUGUGUCUCUUCAUCAGUGAUUGGAGACCACAGCUAAAGGGCUCCUGAGGAUGAAAAAAAGGUUCAUUUUUGUGAUGCAACUUUCUGAAAUGUGGUCUUAUUAGCCAAAGGCAGCAACUCAGAGUGAAAUAAAAGCUUCCUUUAAGGCGGUCCUAAUGAUUUCAGGCCCCUCUUUCAGAUUGAAAAUACGCUUCUUCUGCGUUAACUACACAUUAAUCUUGCAAUGACGAUCUGCGUUUUGUGCGUGCAGAUGGAUGCACGCUUGACAGCCGGCUACUUCGUGGCUCGGGAUCAAAAUUUGCCCUUCAGUGUGCAGAGACGGCUGCAUAUUGUGCUCCGUGCUGUACUGCAUUGCAGGCAGGCAUCUUACCUUGUGAAACAACAUGUGUCCUUCGCCUGCAGGCCCCCGAGCGCUCCGGCUCGGGAUGAUCAAUUUGAUCCAGCUCUGUGUUGCCGGGCUGUGUGACUUAAUCCCAUAAUGCUCUGGUGUUUUUGUUGCAAUCAAGACAACCUAUUUUUCUUUAAAUCAGGCUGAAAAAUCAUACGCUACUGACAUUUACAGGGCAUGUAAUCAACUCAAACUGCCUGUAAUACAACCCUUGAUCGUGUCAGAGCAAAUACGCUGCAGAAAUCCUCAGCCUGUCACGGCUCAAUUACAGAAAAAUCGAGGAGCUGUUUCUCUAUACAGAUAUAGGGACCGCUUUAUUGGUAUAUAGAGGUGUGAAAAGAUGUCCUUGGCUGUGUCUGCAUGAUGUCAGUCCAAUGUUUGAGUGAAAAUUCAACGUUUUGCCACUCGAAAACCAGCGGGUUCAGGCCGAGAGACUCCCAGCAUCAUUUUGGAUCACUCUAAUGCAUUUCUAAGUGGUUCAAUCUGUGGUGGGCCUGCACCAUUAGUGUCUCUCCCCAUUCCUCCAUGGUUUUCAAAGACAGCAUUGGGGAGCAAACAGAGAGAGACAUUACCUUCACCACUCAGAGCCCAGCAUGCCAGAUCUGGGCACUAUAAUGACACGGCAAAGUUGAGAUGUACUCCUGCUGCUUCCCGGUAACUACAGAGACACAGAGGGUGGAAAAGAGUGUCAGGAAAACCUCUGCCUGUGUGCCCUUUAGCGGCGAUUUAAAGUAGUGCUCCAACUCCGAGUCAUAAAUCACAGAGAGAACAUUACUUUGCAAAUGACAGGUUGAGGAAUAAUGAGCUGAAGAUGUCCUGCGUAUCGGAGAUGCAGACACACCUGAGUGAUCUGAUAGCGUGACACGGCCCAGGCUUUGAGCAAUCAGCUGAAGAAGAGCCUCCCGUUUAUUACAGACGUGACCUGGAUCAUCAGAACAUCCAUCAGCCUGUGUUUAUUCAGUCACCGCCGGAGUAAACGACUUCAUGAAGCUUGAUAAAUGACAACUAGAAGGAAAUGCAAAAUGCGCAGAUCAUCGUUUAACCUCGAACUCAUAUCCUGCUGCUCGGGUGAUGUCUCAACUGCAAAUAUCACCCUCAGAAUAUCAAUAAGAAAUAUCUCUGAAGAUGAAGCAUGCGGUUAUUGCCUCCAGAGAGGGGAGCUUUCAUGUGGAAAGCACAGCUACUCGACUAAAAGUAUUGAAAUAUGUAUGUCUGUGUGAGUCAGAGUUCAGCAGUAUUGGUUUUUUGGAGAUGGUAAACACGCUAAGCUGUUGGGCCUGUUCAGAAAAAUCUGUCUAGACAUCUGGAUCCAAAUCAGCAUCAAAAUAAAUGAAGCUAUGGAUGCCGGUUUGCUGUCAUAAUCCGACGAUAAAACUCUGAGGGCUCUGUAUGAUCACAGAGUAAUGGCGCUUUUAAGUGCUUUAACACCUAGAAGUCCAAAUACCAUCACUUUAUCGAGCUGCAAAGUCUGUUUGGGUGCUGGACGGGGAAGAUCAGUCACACCAUCGGAAAUGUGAGUUUAUAUGAGAAGCCAAAUGUAUAUAUGCUGGGUUCCUCGGAAGUCAGAUGUUGGAGCUGAAAGUGAUGUCACACCCGAGUUACCAGCGUUUCAGUUACCAAGUCAGAAAAAAGCAAAAUCAGAGGCGGAAACAAGAUGGCUACAUCUACGAAAAUUAUUUCAGCGCUUGCCUUGUAUUCGGACGAGGCAAACGCUAAAAUAACUUUCAUGGAUGUAGCCAUCUUGUCGGCAUCAAAAUGUGAACUGUGAUGAGAUUAAGGUCAGAAAUGUCCACAAUUACUUUUUGAAUAUCAUGUUAUUCAGAUAAUUUAAGAUUAGGGGUGUCCCGAUUCAAUAUUAAUAUCAGAUAUCGGUCCGAUAUCAGCAAAAAAUCGAAUAUCGGAUUAUAUCGAUCUGCAUCUAAAAUCUCCGAUAUCAGCACUCCGAUACAAGUAGUCCAUUCCAGACUCCGCUCCGGCACCUCCAUCCAGCAGCUUCCGGAUCCAACAUGCUGAGCCCACAUAAUCACAACAACAGUGUGUACUAAGGUACAAACAAAGAAGCAAGGAGAAGUAGUGAUGUCGGCCCUAUGGCAGUAUUUUUCAAUAAAGUCCGAAAAAGAUGUUGCAGCUGAGUGCAAAACUUGUCAUGCACAAGUUUGUGCCAAUAUCACAUCAAUAUCGGUAUCGGUAUUGGAGGUAAAAAGUUGUAUCGGGACACCUCUAUUUAAGAUGCAUUGUAGCUGUCGGAUGCAGAUUUCACUCCCAGACAGCUCAACUGACAAGUCAAAAUGAAUUUGCACUUUGUCAAACAGGAUUAAAAUUUUCACUAAAAUACUCUACACUUUAUAGCUUGAGCGGCCAUUUAUGAGCCAAGCAUACAGGUGCAGCUAUCAGACUAAUGCGGGUUUACAACUGCAGCUCUUUCUUGGAGUUUGCAAAUCACAAAUGACUCAUGGGUGGACUAAAACUCGGAUAGAUGCAGUAGAACUUUAUAGGGUUUGCAGGCUGUGACUAGUCAUAAUUUCAAACAGGAAGAGUCUGUGUGAAACAGUAAGAGUGUCCAAACUAGAUCUCCUGAAAAGUGCCAUUACUGUUGCAUUAACCUGGGAUCACUGGAUGUGAAUAGGCACUGACAGUGAUACGAAUUUCUUUAAAAAUAAUGAAAUUUUAAACAUGUGAUUGUUGAAAUUCAGCAAUUAAUCAAGGUUUUGGAAGUAAAUUGUAUAACAGCCCUGGAUUGUAGGUAGCUGUUGCAUCUCUGAUAGGUGCACCUCGAACGUAGACUUGGUGUUAUUGAUUAAAGAGUUGAGUAGAUUAGUAUUAAAUAGGAUUUAAAAGUUUUGGAGCAAAUUUUAUGAAGUAAUUUAAACUGUUGUUUUGUCGGACUUGGCUCAAAUUUGUGUUUAAAAAAAAACAUAUAAUUUGAUGUCUGUGUGGGCUCAAGAUUGAGCAGUAUAUGCCUGAUAAUCUUAUAAACAAGUUGAAUGUAAAAGAGUGAAGUUUUUGCACUUUAUAUUUUACUUACAAUUAUAAUGCCAUGCUGGCCAAAAGAAAUGAAUUACAUGUCCAAUCAGACACGGACCCUUUUUUCAGUCUAUGUUGUAAACUAAGCCAACCACUUAUUACUUUUGUUUUUUUUUUAAAUGCUGUACAGAUAUGACUGUCACCACUAUAUGACUAUGCAAGAAGGCAAAUUACUAUUCUUAAACCAAAAAUUCAACAGGAUAUCAUAUUGUUUAGAUCCAUCAUCAGGCGUCAGAAAAUCAGUCGACCAAAAUAUUUCAUCUUUGUGAUUCAGAUAAAAAAUGCUCUGUGGUCAGAGAGGAGCUUAUCGCCACAUCAGCUGGAGAUGACUGAUCUUUAUCUGAUAUGUAAUAUACAAGGGUGUGUGUGAGUGUGUUUGUUCUUGUCUAUGUGUGUGUAGAGGUGUAGUGAUCUUUAAAACAUCCCCGUCCUUUCAAUCUUUGGCAGCUGACUUUAUUUGAUUUGAAAUGUUUCCUCCGUUUCCAGCACCUUCUUUCCGGCAGCGAGAAAUCUUGGAGUAUUUGCGUUGUGUGUUGUGUGUCCUUUAGGAGCCAGACUGUACCGAUCCUGUCAUAUUACAGGGACAGAGGAGCCGCAGUGAUGGAGCUAGGGAGCUGCGUUCACGUGAUGGAUCAUUGCAGCAGGGCGAGCAGAUGCAGAUUCCUCUGUGACAUUUCCUUUUUUCUCUGCGAGCGUCUCUCCGAUUCGAUGAAGUGAGGUCGAGCCCCGGUGGCUCCUCGCUCAAACACUCAGAGCCGAAUAAGCUUCUUUUUAAAAACUCGACCGAGGUUUUUCCUCUUUAUUUUUGUCCAGACAUGUCUUUGUAGCAGAAUUCUGCCUCAUUUUUGGAUUUUUUUUUCAUGUGAAAGGAGUCAUGGAUGCAGGGUGACAAUGGACCAACCUCUAAUACUUAAAGGUGGGGUAGGCAGGAUCUAAGGAAGAGACAGUUUUUGGGAGAAAUCUUGAAUGUAAACACUACCCCUCCCAACCCCGCCCACAAACAGACGCUCCUGCUCGCUCGUAUCGUUCCAAUUAAAUCAGAUAUAAUGCAGAUAAAUACUUCAGAUAAUUACAAAUGGGGCCCAGUCAAUGUGAAAGUAAAAAGCAUUGUUGCUACUGUAGAUGCCAACAGACUACCAGCAAACACAAUGUUUGCAGGACUUCUACAACCAGGAUAAAGUGACAUAGUCCAGGACCCGAGGUAAACAGUUUAGCAGCGCUACAACAUGCACUUGGCUUACUUUGUUAAAGUGGUUUACCUGUCCAGCAGAAAGGUUACAGGGUCUGCAGGAUCCCGAAGCGUCCCCUAUCAUUUUAUGUUGACCCGGCUUUUUUAGCUCUUGUCCGGUCUACCUCCUUUUUAAGCUCCCGUUACUCCACCGGAGUCUCUGGUAUUUACUUCAUUUUCUUGCUUGUGUUGGCAGCCGUGGAUGAAGGAGGAUUCAGACAAUUUUCUGUACUUUCUGGUUGGUUUCUACUGUCCGAUAUUGUAGCACGCUAAUUUCCAUUUGGGCUCGUGAACGUUAUUCGUGGAGCAUGCCUCACAACAUGAGGGAGCAGCGUCUGCCUAACAACCAAUCAGGCCGGGGGAGGUGGAGAACGGCUUUGUUUACAGUUUGAAAGAGCGGGCCGCUCAAAAAAUUUAAAAUAUUGACUACACAGACAUAAGAGAACACAGCGAUAUCGUUACUUUCCCAAAUGUCAUCAAUGACUAAUAGCAAUUAACUGAUAUUAAAAGCUUUUUCGAUAUACACAACAAAUAAGAUGCUUCUUUAACGGAAUCCUGCCUACUCCACCUUUAAUCAGUGGAUUAACAUGUUAAUAUCAUUGAGCGCUAAAUGCUACUUUUCCUGAUUCAUUUAUUAUCUACAAAACCCUGAGCAAUAGUCUUGGCUUGGCUAGUUAAGCCAAUUUCAGACCAGGGCCAAUAAUCUGUUAUUUUGGUUUUCCUCUUAAAAAUUACACUGUUGCUUUUGUAGCCUCCUUUAAGUCCUCUUGAGACCCUUGUCAGUGGAAAACUCCCACUGCUGUGUGCAUAAGUGACCCAGGAGCAUUUCAGGGUCAGACUGUUCAGAAAUUUUGGGGUAAUUUCGAAUAGUUCAAGAGUCAGAAGUUCAUCCGACACUGUUGCCGUGCAGAGCUUGGCACCAUUGCUCGUUCAGGUGUGCACAAGUGACAUUAGGGUCGAUCAGUUCAGGGUUAUCUGUAGUAUUUAUGUCACCAGCAGACAGGGCCUCGGCCUGGUUGAGAUAGACGUUAACUCGGAGGAAAGCAGUCAGGCUGACGGCCAAAUGCUGUCAGCUUAAUACCAGCGAGCGGCCCAGGAGGAGCAGCCGCAGCAUCUGGAUAGUCAAGCUCCAUUAGCCUCCAGGCUGUGUUUUACACCGGCUGCAUUACAGCCCUGUUGACAAAUGGCAGAAGAGGUGGUGUGCGUGCUAUGAAUCACAUAACUCAGGGGACCUCCACCAUGAAUAUCAUACCCCUGUGUUGCCUGAUCUUUCCCCCCCUCCCUCCCUGUUGUCUCGGCUUGUAGCAGCCGCCUGGCUGGGACUCGGUGGGACAGCAUUAGCUCUCAACCUUGGUGAAGGACUAAAAAAGCAGCCUCAGCCUGGUGUCCUUGCCUUCACACUGCUGCUGGGAGAAGAUAAGCACUGCAGCCUUUAGGACAUGCUGUUAGACUCCUGUCCCAUCGGGCCCUGCAGCAAAGCCAGCUGAGUGAUUGCAGGAGCGCUGAGAAUAAUGAAUUAAGUGAUCGUUACAUCUGACGCAGGACAUGCUACACACGUAUCUUUGAUAGAGGGGGCACUAGUUUGGAGGGAUUUUAGGAUACUUUACUUUCCUUAGUGUUCAGUUUUAAGGCUUAGCUCUUUAUUUUACUGCUGUGUCACCCUGGAAGUCCACUGUCACAUCUGUAACCAUCAAGAUGUAGACCAGGAAAGAGGAGGUUGUUUUAGCUACACAUAUCCAAAGCCUUUUUUUAUUGUUUCCCUUAACCCAUAGGAUAAACCUGAAAUUUUUAAGGGUGUAAAAUGGUACAAAAUAAGACAUUUUUAACAUCAGAGGCGGCUGUCUGCCUUAUAUAGUGUAAAAUUUAUGUAAGAUUGCUAUCUGCUACCAGUGGAAAAACCUCUUUUUACCCUAGAUGAUUGUUUUAGCUGUUUUCAUUCACCCAUGCGACUAAAUGAACAUAUCAAAACAGGACAUGAUGUAACGCAGAUGCAUGACUGUAAAAAAGGCAAAACGAAAUCAUCACAAAUACCAGUUUUAGUAAGCAAUAUUUUCUGGGCUACUAACACCGAGAUUUAUCGGCAAAAGUUGUAUCGUAAACUUAGCAUCCAAAAUUGACUUGCGUUGAAUCCUAUAGUGUUGUAUUAUACCUCAUCCUACCCAAUCCUAUUGUCUCUUGUCAUGUUGUAGUAUCAUGCGAUAUUGUUCCAUAUCGUAUCGUAUACUAUGGCAUUGACCACACUGUACUGUGUUGUAUCAUAUCCUACUAGAUCAUCAAUCGUAUUGUAUCGUAUUGUAUAUCGUAUCGUAUCGCAUCAAAUCGUAUUGUUUCAUAUCAUAUUGUAUUGUAUCCUUUUGUAUUGUUUUAUACCGUAUUGUAUUUAAUCAUAUCGUAUCGUAACAUAUUGUAUCAUAUCGUAUCAUAUUGUAUCAUAUGGUAUCGUAUUGUAUCAUAUCGUAUGGUAUUGUAUCAUCUUGUAUAGUAUUGUAUCGUAUCAUAUCGUAUUGUAUCAUAGCAUAUCGUAUCAUAUCGUAUUGUAUCAUAGCGUAUCGUAUUGUAUUGUAUCAUAUCGUAUUGUAUCAUAGCGUAUCAUAUUGUAUCGUAUUGUAUCGUAUUGUAUCAUAGCGUAUCGUAUUAUAUCGUAUUGUAUCAUAGCGUAUCAUAUCUCAUUGUAUCUCAUUGUAUCAUAGCGUAUCGUGUCAUAUCGUAUUGUAUCAUAGCGUAUCGUAUUGUAUCAUAUCGUAUUUUAUCAUAGUGUAUCGUAUUGUAUUGUAUCAUAUCGUAUUGUAUCAUAGCGUAUCGUAUUGUAUCAUAUUGUAUUGUAUCAUAGCGUAUCGUAUUGUAUUGUAUCAUAUCGUAUUGUAUCAUAGCGUAUCGUAUUCUAUUGUAUCAUAUCGUAUUGUAUCAUAGCAUAUCGUAUUGUAUCGUAUUGUGUCAUAGCGUAUUGUAUUAUAUCGUAUCAUAUUGUAUUGUAUCAUAGCGUAUCAUAUUGUAUCAUAUCGUAUCUCAUUGUAUCAUAUUGUAUCGUGUCAUAUCCUAUUGUAUCAUAUCAUAUCUCAAUGUAUCGUAUUGUAUCAUUUCAUAUCGUAAUGUUUCAUAUUGUAUCAUAUCGUAUUGUAUCGUAUCAUAUCAUAUCGUACCGUAUCAGGAUUUGUGUGUGUUGCUGUAUUCCUACAUGUAGACUGUAAAGAUUAAACUGGGACAUUGCAUCUCAUCUAUGUUGCACUUGGACAUUUUUCCCUCAAUAGAGAAAAUAUUUACCCCCAAGGAACAACCUCAGCAGUGAAUCAAAAGUCCCGAAGCCACUCUGUGAUGAAUUCUUGCUUUUACCUUUAAAAGCCUUCUGCUGGCUCUUUGGUUCGUCCUUGUGCGGUCUGUAAAUUGUUCGUUGUGAUAUAGUAAGUAGACAGGUAUGUGUACAAGAAUUAGGUUUAUUUACUGGGUUGAGUUGCAGCGCUAUAUUUCUCUCCUACACAGCGCAGCACUGAAUGAUGAAACGCACAGGGAGAGAAAGGGAGAGAGGCUGCGGUGUGUAUUGAUGUGAAAUGCCCUUGGACCCGAGCCAAGACGGUGAAAUGGAAUGAAAGGAAAGCAGUCACUCCCCCUGUUAACUCAAGGUUGUACUUUACAGCAGCUAUAUCUGUCUGCGUUGUCAAUGGUACGCUUAGUAAAUGUGCUCCGCGUGUCUAUAAAAGAACAUUUAAAUCACAUCCUCCUGCUGACUUUGAAGAUCCCUACCAAUUUUUUCUUGUAUUUUUCCCCAUCUUGAUGUGGUAUGUCAAACCUUUUCAAAACUUUUCCUUCUGCAGGAAGCUGGCAAUUUUUUUUUCAGUUUUCUUGUGAACACAGCCACAGAAUGAGCCCUUUCAGAGAUCAGGACCCCUGCCAGUUCAUAGAAGUGGCAGUGGAUCAUCCUCGGUUAAUAGGCGCUCAUAAUCCUCUGUGAAUGUCUUAUGUCGUCCCUGGAGACGAGCGAGACUAAGGCGUGUGUUUGCAAUCAGCGUGCAUUAAGGGCUGACAGUUUAACUGCUGCCAUAUCUGCAAUAAACCAACCUACUGUUUGCAUGCUGAAUGAGAAAUGCAAAGUGUUUUUUUAUAUAAAUCUCUAACGAUGCCUCUUUCUUUCUUUCCUCUCUCUCUCAUGCUGCUGCUUGUCAUCACUGCAGGAAGUUGAGGUGAGUAUCUCUUUGUAUGGUCAUAAAUAUUCCGUCUGUCUCCUUUUUUUUUUUUGAGUGCCCCUGUAAGGCUAUAUGUCAAACUGUUAGAAAGAGCUCAUUGUGGCUAAAGCACACAUGUAUGUCAGAUAUGGCCUCUUUGUCUGUAAAAACAAACAUUAUAAUCAUGUUAUAGCACCGUAUAAGUAUAGUUAUAAACACUCAUAAAUGAUCAUAAUGCUUUGUAACAACAAGCAUAACACAUUAUAAUACAUGACCUUGUAAGUCAUGAUAAAAUACUUUAUAAUGUGUUAUGAUUAUUGCUAUAAAGCAUUAUGAUCAUUUAUGGGUGUUUAAAACUAUAGUUAUACACUGCUAUAAUGUGAUUAUAACGCAUUAUACAUAUAUUUAUAAUGCGUUAUAGAGUAAAGUGUUACCAACUGUCUUUUUAAGAAAGAUAUUUAAUAGAUAUUGUGCUAAAAAUAAGAUAAGAUACUUUAUUAGUCCAAAUUCACAGCAGCAAUAAAUACAAGAGACAAGUUAAAAGAUUAACACCUUAGGAGUUAAAAUAACAUAUACAUGAGUGUUAUUUACAGCUGUUAUGUACUUGUUUGAUAUAUUACAUAGGAAAAUUGGAGAUAUUUAUGUGUAUGACUAUAUACAAAGAGUAUGCAUACAUGUAUACAACAUGAUAAUAAUAAUAAUACUAAUAAUAAUAAUAAUAAAACAUUUUAUUUAUAAUGUAUAUGUAUACAACAUAAUAAUAAUAAUAAUAAUACUACUACUAAUAAUAAUAAAACAUUUUAUUUUUAAUGUUUAUGUAUACAACAUAAUAAUAAUAAUAGUAAUAAUAAUAAUAAUAAUAAUAAUAAUAAUAAUAAUAAUAAUAAUAAAUUUUAUUUAUAAUAUAUAUGUAUACAACAUAAUAAUAAUAAUAAUAAUAAUAAUAGUAAAACAUUUUAUUUAUAAUGUAUAUGUAUACAACAUAAUAAUAAUAAUAAUAACAACAAUAAUAGUACAACAUUUUAUUUAUAAUGUUUAUGUACAACGUAAUAAUAAUAAUAAUAACAAUAAUAAUAAAACAUUUUAUUUAUAAUGUUUAUGUAUACAACAUAAUAAUAAUAAUAAUAAUAAUAUUAAAACAUUUUCUUUAUAAUAUUUAUAAUGCUUACAGGUGCUUAAAGACAUUUUACAAGAAACACAAUUUAAAAUACAGAAAAUUUUGAUUAAUAGGACCAACAAUGUUAAAUGUUAAAAAACACAUAAUAUGAAAAGACAAUAAAAGAACAGUUCACAGGUUAAAAGACAAUUUAAAAAGGUGUGUUUUUUAGGAGUGAUUUGAAAGUAUGGGGGUCUGUACAGUCUUGGAUGGGUUUGAGGAGUGAAUUCCAGAGGGUGGGAGUGGCAGCAGAGAAGGCUCUGUCCCCCCAAGUUUGGUGCCUCAAUAUACAUAUAAAUUUGUUUUAAAUGAGCAUAUCAUGACUUAAAAGUAGUGGUCCUUAACCCGAGUUGCCACAUCUCAUAAAAUAGAGGAUGGAUGAAGAAGAAGCAGACUGCUAGCAAGCUAGCUGAAGUAACCUUUUUAGGGAUGAUUAAGCACUUUUAAAGCUGAGAAAAACAACAUGAGAGACUUUGACGCUUUUGGGUUACUAAUAAGAUAGUAGAGGAAUAAAACAUUCGCUCGAACAAGUCAGAUAAUAAUGUAUAAUUUUGAGAAUCAGUGAGCAGAGAUAAUAAUUCCAUCACAACAUUAAGGCCAAACAGACUGUUGACAAAAUUACACAAAAAACCACACAAUGAACCUACAUGUGCUGCCAAACUAAAAUAAGUGCUUCCCCAUAAAAAGGAGUUCGCAGGCGGUGUCAUCAGUGGAAUAAAAUUCUACUUUUCACACUCACCAUAAUAAACUCUCUCCACAGUAUAAAACAAGUCUAAACUCAGAAACACCCCUCUAACUCCUCACCCUCUGUCCAAUAUUUAAGAUGCCUUCGGCUCUUCUUGUUCAGCCUGACUUGAGAGCUCCGUCUUCGUGUCCCUGAAGCAGAAUAAGGCCGAGCUAAAACGAACAGACCUGAUCCUCGGGGUCUUCUCUGGGCCCCAUGCCCAGUAGUAACCGCUUUAUAGUUGAUCCUCUCCGUCCUGAUGUUCGCAUAGAGAGAAAUGGGUCAGAGUGGAUAUACAGCAGAAGGACGGUGAAUUUUUAUCAUCGUUCCAGUGCUACGCCGCAAGGGACUUAAUCUAAGAAGUUGAGUCGGUUUGCAAAUAUUCCCUCAGCAGCGGGGCAGGAGCGAGAUAGUUUGAGGCUUUUAAGAAACUUAAAGCUCACAGAGUCUUUUCUUGUUCUGUAUAUUUGAUACUCAAAAACACAUCUUCAAACCCCAAAACAAGAAAACAGAGCUCAUGUGGGAUUUAUGUGGAACUUUGUUACGCAAAGGCAGGUUCACGUCAACAGUGAAGACAAUUUUUCUAUAACUUUGACAUUAUUCUUCACCUCAAUAACAACAUUAUACAAGAAAAUAAUCUCAACUUUGGGUUCACCCCCUGACUUUCCAGAUUCAAACCUCAAUACAUGGUCCUCCUUGGGUAAUCUGCACAAACUGUGAGUUAUUCUAAUGUACAAAUCCACCGAUGAAGAUCAUGACACUGUAAAGAAACAGAAAAAGCAGGCAGGACGACUUUGAGUUCAGAUAUUUUCAUCAACAUUAGUCAUAGAUCUAAAAAACGGAGCUUUCAUGAAUGAGCAAAGCUCGUAUUUGUUGUCUCUAUGGUGUUUGCUUUUCUCAAUAUUCCAGUAAGUUCCUAUUGAAAUGGUUAUACUGCUUGAAAAUCCAAUAAUUUUAUAGUCAAGGGGAAAACUUGAUAAUAAAGGUCCUUUCGGACGUGUAAGGACCUUAAGUUUGAUAUUUCUGUAAAAUUGAUGCCACAUGCUAGCUUGUUUGAUUAUGUGUUGUUACAGCAAAAGGCUGCGUAGCCUAGCUUAGCGUAAAUCCUGAAAACCAAAAAAACCUACUCAAUUGGUGUUAAAUAAAAUCAAUGAAAUCUGCAUUCCUAUAAAACAAAUGUGUUUAAAGUUCUUGUGAGGAUAUUCAUAAAAUAGACCCUUUUUUAUGAUAUCCCGAAGCAAACAAGACCAUCAGCGACAAGACUUUCAAUUUAUUGAUUGCAGUUGUUAAAGUCAGAAACCAGUGCAAGUGGAUAGGUGUCACUCAAGCAGCUGAAUUCAGCUACGAAUUCAGCAUUAAACGUUCACAAUAAAUGAGAUGUCUGGCCCUCAAAACUUAUCAGAGUGAGGGAGAAUGAGAAAAGACAGUUUUGUCCACAGGGGGCGCCAAAACUGACACAAACCAAAAGUUCCUCAUAUGCGCUUCAAGUGAAGAUUCGUCUUAAAUUGUACAUUUCCCUGCUUUCAGUAUUCAUUAUGAGCUAAUUGACUGUUUUGAGUACCUUCCAUUAGAGAGGUAUCAAUCUUUUCUUGUAACCAGAAACAAAAGGUUCUUCAUCUUCAAACUUGUUAUUAUUUUUACAUGCAUUCAUUUUCCAAUGAAUACUCAAAUGUUAGAUAAAAUGAAGUGGAAGAAAAAAAACGCAUCCAGAUGCAGCAAACACAUCCAGAAAAAAAACCUGCAAGUGUCUUAUAAACGUCUUUCCCGCAGUUUCUUGUAAAAGCACACUGAGUCAGCCUGAUCUCCUCAGAGAGUUCACGCUGAGAGUUGGGUCUCUUAGGGGCAAAGUCACCUCCAGAUUUAAUCCUUCAGAAGGGAACAACCUCUUAUUUUGGAUGUUGUUUGAGGAUCUUAAGCUGCUCGCUGGCUUAUGUUAGGUCUGAAAUGUAGCUGUGCGUCAAUUUUGGGAGUGCACACAACAGCUUAGAUCUUCUCUCAAAUAAACAGAUAGCAAACAAGGGGAGUCUGAUCUCCUCUCCAGGGUUCGUUCAACAAAUAGAUGCAUAAUUUGGAUGUUUUAUACAUUUUAAAAACUGAGGAUUUUGUUGUUUCUUUUUUGUUGUUAAACUUGAAUGUGGGACAAAUAUAAAAGAACAAAUCAUUGAUCAAAACACGGAGAGCUUAGAUGUUACAGACAAAGAAGGAAACAACAGGGUUUAGGAAAACGUUGAGCUUCUCAUUAAAAUUAAAACAGACUCUAAUAGGUAAAUAAAUAAAUGAGAUUUGCUAUGUGCUUUUAACUCUGACACAGACUUUUGUUAAUAGUUAAAUUAAUCCAGCUCUGUUUUUUUUUCUUCUAAGAUGUAUAACUGAAUAUCAUCAGCAAAAUUUGUAAACUUUGAAGAAAAAGUACGACAAAUGUUGCACCUGAGAGAGCAAAAGUUACUUUUUUUGGCUUGUUUUCAUAACUUCUGGGUUUGAAAUCAUUUGCUUAUGUUUAUAAUUUUUGUUUAUGACCUUCAAAGUAAAAUAAAGCAAAAUUAAUGGGUGGAAAAUGCAGACUAUAGAGGAUAUCAAAUGGUAGAUAAAGUUUAUAAACCUAAUGAAACCUUGGAUUAAAAAAUAAUGCUUUUCUCCAACUUGCCAUCUAUUAAAUCCAACUCUACAUCAUAAAAACUAAUUAUAUUAAAAUGUGUUUGAGUAAAAAUCAUGCUUUUAAUUACACUCGUGUUGUGACAGUUUGGUGAAGUAUGCAUUUAAGUUAUCUUCCUCCAUUAUCUUUGCAGUUGUAAGACCACACUUCCUCUGUUUUAUUGCUUUGUAUGAAUUGCUAAACCCAUUAAUGUGAAUAUUUUCUGUUUCCAGGACGACUACAUCAAAAACACAGAGGAGAACAUGGGCUCUGAUGAAAGUAAGUCCUGGAAAAAAAAGAUUUUAUGUGAUUAAAAAGUAUUUCUGCGGACUUAUGAGGAUUGCUUUGUGGUUUUAUUCAAAGCUAAAUGUGUUUUCUGUUUGCAGCCUGAGUGCCUGCGUCUUUACUCGAUGCAAAGGCGCUUUGCAGAGCCUUCAAUAUUUAAAUGGCUUUACUUAAAGUGCCAGUUCUAAUGCAAAGACUAAAAAACCUGCUGUGUUUCAGAUUCAAACAGCAUAAUCAAUGCUAAGUGCCGUCUGCUUUUAUACAUCUGCUCUGGACAAUGAAAUAGUACAGCUCAUUUAUUGAAGUGCCAGCUUCUCCUAAUUGCAGCAGUUGUCUGAGGUCGUCCGUGUGUGUUGAGCGCUGGUCCGCGGUGUCACUGCUUGUAGAGGCUGAGAGCGCUGUUGUGUUUCAGGGAAAGGAAGGGCUGAGCCUUCAGUUGGAUCCAUUAGUUUGAAAAGCUGGCUAUAAUUGCCUUUGUUGCUGAGGGCUCAGCUCAAAACUCCCACAAGGCACCAUUUACCUCCAUGGGGUCUGUGGUCUGUUUCUUGCUGGAAGAAAAUCCCACUUUGUAAGAACCUGCUGUAGAGGACUAAGACCAUGUGAUAUGUUUGUGUUAUUACAGUCAAAUCAUCCUUUUGUAUCAAACAGAAAUGAGGAAAGAUAGAUAUGCAUUUAAUAAUUUUAGUCAUCCAAGAAAACCUCAGCUAAUGAAAGCUGAUGUUUGUGCCAAAAUAGGGUCAAAGUUGGACUUAAAUGCAACAGGUGGGAUAAUUAUUAUUCUAUCUUUACAUCCAAUAGCUGAUGUAUUAAGGCUGGGACGAUAUGCCUUUCUCCUGAUUUGAUUCUUCUACGAUUUUUUUGGAUGCUGAUACGAUUUAAAUUGCGAUUCUAUGAUAUUGUCGAUUUUCUCGACUUUCAAGGUCCUUUCACAGUGGGAACGUUUUUUUCGUGCAAUUAUUUCGGACGACUAUAUUUUUUUUCGAACCCAUAUCCUGUCAAUACAAGCGUUCACAUCAGCGACGUUUUCCCGUCCUGCAAUAUUGCGGCAUUUAUUUUUUCGGAUCACGAUCGAUUUUUCUAAAGUUUCGCAUACUGUGUGUCCACUUCUGACCAAUCAGAUUUCGUGUUGUUGUGACGUCAGAUUCACCGGUAUAUCCAACAUGGCUGACCGGCUGAUUGUUAACAUGUCGGAGAACAGAUUGCUUUUUGAUAAAAGACACAAACAUUACAAAGAUAACGACCUGAAGGACAACUUGUGGAGAGUCAUAGCGUCAGAUUUCUCAUAUGACGAUGGUUUGUGUGCUUUAACAGUUUGCUAAACGUCUUUGUUUUAACUUUCAUCUGUGCUAAGUAACUUUAGCUCGUAAGCUAACCUGUUCAGAUACAACAUACCAUAUGUAUUUUCACUGUCUCAAACUCAACCGUGUUGCUGUCACAGCACCGUUAGGUCUCAGUUGUUACCUUACGUUUAUGGAUUAUAGUUUAAUGUGCUUAUCUGGUACUGGCCCCGACUCAAUACAUGCUAUCAUGACAGACAGACAUCUCAACACUAGAGUCUAAUCAGAGCUGAAAAACAGUCAGACUGCUGUUGUGUCAGUCUUCUCGCUUCUACCUGGGACGUGUGUUUUACCCCCCGGAAAGUGGAAAAAUCGCAUCAGGCUUGAUGUGUAUAGUCUGAGUCAAAAUUCGCCUCUGAAUUUUUUCGUAAUUUCAUGUCAUAUAUUUGCGUGUAAGGACCUUUAGUCUGCAUUUUUAACACCAGUGAAACAGCUGAAUGAUUAUGAUUUUCUACUGACUAUUCCAGGAACCGUAUUUCCCCAAAAAUACAAAUCACAUGUAAGUCAGUUUUUAAGAUUUAUUCUUAAAUUUGAAAAAAAAAAGAUCUUUGAAUAUAAAAAUCGAUUUAAAAAUUGUAACCCAAAAAAUUGCAAUACUUGUGUGAAUUGAUUUUUUCUCCCACCCCUAUUAUGUACAAUACGUUGUUGCUCUGUUAUUGUUGGAAGCAUCAAAAAGCAAAGGCUAAGUGGUAAAAAAUCCAAGAAUUGUCAAAAAUCAUAGAUGAAUUUUGUGUUUUUUUUUUUUUACUUUUAAAGCAGAUCAAAACUUAUCUGGCAUUUUGGUGGCACUAUUUCAAACUCUGAUUUACAGUAAACAGUGUUGUGUUGCAAAUCCAACUCAGCAGGGGCUCAAUUAGAGAGGGAAGCAUUGAAGUCCUUCCAUGGGAAAAAGGCAAAAUAAUGAUGCAAUUACAUGCAAUUAGACAUACUUAGAGACUUUGGGAAAAUAAUUGUGAAACCAGAUCUAAUUGUGCUCGGUAGCUCAGUAAUUACCAUCUUAAUAUUCAGGUAGACAUUACAUAAUUGUUUCAAACUUUUCAUGUGAUGUUUGAUAUUCAAGGAAGAGAAAAAAUCCCUCCAAAACUUCAAAUAUAAUACAAAUUAUUAUCUAGAUGGGUCACACAGAGGUCACAUUGUUUGCCAGUGCAGUAUAUCAGUGCACAUCAUGGUUGUAUUUUGGCCUCAACUGAGGGAGAUGGAGAAGUGUGAUCCAUAUCUUUCUCCAGCGAGUGGUUUCAUGCAGCGUUAGAUUCAGAAUAAUCUCCAUCAGAGGCAGCUAUCUUGGUUGUAUACAAGAAUUGUCAAUGAUGGUGUGCGUGGGGCUCCGUUCAGUCACUCCUGCUACACAUUGGAUCGAUGGUCGUCAUUGUACAAACCUCAGUCAGGCUGAGGGAAAUACGUCUCAGCAGUAGGGAGAAGCAGACAUAUAAGUCAGAGCAAAUUAACCGUGAGUUUACAAAUCGGUCUGGCUCACCUGCUGGGAGGUCAGAGGUCAUACGUAUUCCCACUCCCACAUUGUUUCACUUUAAACCCACUGCAGUCUCCUAUCAAAGGGGGGAGAUGUUAAAGAAGCAGCUCCAGACGGCGUCCCGUUCAUUCUGGCAGCAGAGGGAAUAAUAAUGUAGUCUGAAGAAAACGCCCGGCUCGCUGUAGUGUGGGUGAUGUUCAUUUGAAUAUCAUUGAUUUCAUCCCCGUCCCAACUCCCGCUGGGACUAAUUCUGCAGACCUAAUUGAUCCAGGUCCUCUCGGUUGCAAAUUCAACGAGACAGCAGAAUCUCAGGCGAGGUGUAUCUACCUGCAAGUCUUGGGGAUUGAAAAAGACCUGAAGUCGACUUCAGACACCUGCUGUGUUUUUUUAAGUGAGCUGAUUGAGACAUCGGCUUUGCUCUGCAGAGUCUGCUCUGUUUUUUAAGACACCAUUUCAGAACAAUCAGAUUCCUGUUUUUCUGACUAAGCAGAAAGGUUUGACCUUGACUUCCAAAUAACACUCAUUUCAUGCCAAGAGAAAAAAAAAAUGUUAAAAACGAUUAUGCUUCAAUCUAAACGACAACUCCAGGAGAUAAUUCAGGCAUAGUCUGUAAUACAAAGAAUUAGUGUGUAGCAUCCUUUCUAAUUAAAAGUAAACAGCGUUAUAGCUCCAUUAGAGUUGAAUAAAAGCCGUGAGCUGCUCUAACACAGCGACCACCAAUUAUAUCUCAGGGUAUAAAAGAGUCCUCUAGGUUGACAGUAAUUGCAAAUCCAGUUGAAACUAAUUUACUCAAAGCUGUCAAAUGGGCCUGUCUCGCUCAUGCUUUUAAUAUUUAUCGGAGCUAAAUCUUUUCAGUGUCAGACGGGUGCCACAGUUUCUCCGCCACCCAAUAACAGCUCUUUGGCGGAUUAUCUUUCCUCCCUGACCAGAAGCACUUGUAGUUAAAUGCCUGUCUGACAAUUUGAAUGUAAAGCAAAUGCCCGAUGAAGGCUUUUGAUGAAGGAUCCUGUCUUAUCUCCGAGCCCGGUGAUUUGAUGUGAACAGACAGCAGAGACAAAUUCAUUGACCAUAAUCACACUGUGGACGUUUCCCUCAGACUUCACACUCUGGGUGGACAAGUCAAACGCUUAAGUGUCAGACUGCUGAAUUUCAGGUUUUACGCCUUCAAGGUGGAGUAAACCUGACGAAUCAAUAUAAUCUCACUCCUUCCUGGCUUCAGCCUGAAAAAACAGUGAAUCCAUGGAGAGAUAUUAGCCAGGUUUCUUCCUCAUGGAGGGUGGUUGUAUAUGUUUAUCUAAUAGAUGCCUUGAAGACAGGAAGUAAAAGUACACAGUGUACAGCCUUUGCCAGGUGAUAGAUUUAAAGGCAUGGUUGACGAUUAGAGAAGGGCUUGCAAAUUUUUUGCGUGUUUCCCUGGGAGUCAUAGAAUGAGAUCCGCCGAUCAGUGUAUAUAAACACCCACAUCCCACAACCCUGGCCUCUACUAUUAUCAAGUUAAAACAGUUCAAUGUAUUGACCUAAUUUUAUUUUGAAAAUUGACCAAAUAUUUUACUCUGUAACUGCAUACAACUUCUGCUGCUGCUCGUGCUGUGCUGCACUGAAUUGAUGCGCCGUGCUCUGGCGUCCGGGUAAAAUAGAAGCCUUGUGUAUCUGAUCCGAUCCGCAGUGGAGCCGGAUGGCAGAUGGAUCCUGUGGGUUUUGCCCUUAAGAGUUAUUUAUGUAACAUGUGCCACGAUAAAAGGCAAAAAUGACCUGUUCAAUGAAAACUCUGCUGUCUUGGCGUCUGUUUUCAGGCCCAAAUCCUGGUGGAGCUUUCUCCACCACUCGAAGGAUGACCAGAUGUUUAUUCAAGUUAGAUUCCUCUCUUGGUCACAUUUCCUCUUCGUCUCUGCCCUUUCUUCUGUCGGCUUGUGUUUUCUUCCCACUUUUGGCGGUGGGGCAAGCAGAAUGAUUUUUUGGCGUCCUUCUUCAUCACAGCUCCUGUAGUUAAGCUGCUAUGCUACUUUUAGCCGCUCAGAGCUCCGAGGAGGGCCGGGAGAGCGGGAGGGGACGAGUCGGAGCUACGGGAGAGGGGUGUGUCGAAUACAGCGAGGUGAUUGGAUGGAGAGGUAGAGCAGGAGAUUUACCAAUAGUAGCUGUCUGGGACGGAUGGCUCCCAUUGGUCAAUGUUUUUGCAGCCCUGCACCUGCUAGGCUGAACGUUUUAUUUUUUCUCUUCUUUUUUCUCUUCACUUUGUGGAGAUCGCACUAUAGGACGAUGAUCACCAUAUUAACGAGGUUCAUAAUAAUUACCAAUCUCUCCAAUCGUCAACCAUGCCUUUAAGGUUUGUAGUUUAAACAUCAUAGGCUGUGUAAAAAACUAGCUAUGGCUAAAGCAACAGCUAGCAUAAAUCCAGUUUCAAGCUAGGCUAAAAUAAAAAGGCUAAAAUAGGCUUAAACUUUAAAUAUAUCCCAGCAGCUGUGGAUGUGGUGUGUGAUGUUGCUGUUGUGUAUUUUCCAGAGUUAUAUAGUUGACACUCUGAGAUUGGACUCAGCCGCCUCUGAGUACAUGAUUACAUGUGGAUUUAAAACCCAUAAUGGCGCUCAUGUGUGUUGUUUCCAUACACAGUCUGUAGCUGAUACAGUUCAGCAGGAUAUAAAACACCAGGCGAAAAAAGGCGUGAUGGAAAGCCAACUUGAUUUUCAAUGCAAAUGAAAUCCUCUGUUUGGGUUUUUCAGCAUGUAGGAGUCACAUAAGACCAUUGUGUGAGAGAGACGUGUUUGUUUUAAAGCUGUUGCCUGGAGGCAGACUUCAAGGUGCUUAAAGACACUGAACAAAGGCAAUGAGAGAGCGCUGUCCAUCUCAAACUAUUCUUAAAGCACCAGGCUUUGUUUCUAUGGGAACGUACAAUACAGCACUUCUGUGUGUCUGCACGUAGUAUUAUUAUUAGGAAAGUAUUGGUGAAAGGUAAAGAUGGAGCCAGUCAACUCACCUUUGAUUCACAGCGAGUCGUAGAAUUAGACUUGUGUUAUUGCUGAAUACACGUGGCUGUUGAUUUUAAAGCGUCUGCGAUCAAUAUUUUUUAUAUUGGUAAUUGAUCAGCUGACCUAUGUAACAUCGAACAGGGUGUGAGAAAUGACAAAGUGAAAAAUAUCACACUUCUGCAGCUCCUCAUCAGUGCUAUGGAGCUUUUUAGCACCACCAAGAACAUGUUAGUCCUCCUUAAUGCUUAUGUUCACCAUCCUUCCCCAGUGUAAGGAGCCUUUCUCUUAAAAACACCUAAUCAAUACACCCUCUCAACACUGGAAGGCAGAUGUUCAAUCCUUUUUUACUUGUUUGUGAUGAAGGUGGAGCAUGCUAAUGCAAAUUACUCUGUUGAACAUCACAGUAUCUAGUGGAGACCAAAACAGGUUUAUUGUGUAGCUAAAACAGAACUCCCAGUAGAGUGAUUGUGCCUCCAUAUCUGAACUUUAUUAUUUCUACUUCACUUCAAGGAGCUUUGGCCCAGUAAUGGUGAAAAUACUAACUGGAUCAAACGCCAGAUCUUGCAUUUUUACAGGCUGCGGAUCUAACCAAUCAUUCGGUCUUUUCAAGCCUUUUCAAGGAUUACGUCCUCUCUAACAUCAGGGCUUUGGCUCAUAUUUUAUUAAAACUCUGAAUCAUUAGGGCUCAUUGGUGACCUCUAUAGCCUCUCUCUCGUCUCAUUCCGUCCCUUUGCUUUUCAGACACUACUGUAGCCUCCUGUUCCUCUCCCUGCUUUCCUCUCUCCACCUGUUGCUUCCUGAUUGUUUGUACUGCUGCAUCACAACAUUGUUGAUACAGCACAACACUCCCAAACUUUAUUUUACAUUAAUCUGAGGUGCUUAUGAUUAGAGAGAGCGGGUUAAGUGCGCUUCAUUCAAUGUAUGGGGGCAUUACAGCAAGUGGCACGAUAUCGCUCAAUCUUGAGUAUCAUAUUUUUAUGAUCAUUAGGAGCCAUAGUUAUAAUCAAGAUUCAAAUCUGAGUAAUUGUCAACUUUUAAGUUUACAAAAGUUGUCCCCCAGCUCUUCAGCUUACCUGAAAUCCACUCUUAAUUAAGACUUCGUAAUUACUUAUGAGAAUAAAGUCGUAAAAAAAUCAUUACAAGAAUAAAGUCGUAGCUAAUAGCUAUUCUAACCUGUUGUUAGUUGUUUAAAUGAGUUCUUUGGAGCAUUUAGAUGAAUUGAACUUUAGUAGCUAGGUUUCACAAACAAGGAGAUACUAAAUCCUUUGGCGUUUCAACAUCACAUUGUCAAAAGUAUCGGGACAAAUGCAAGAAAUGCAUCUUUUCCGCAGAAAGAACCAGACUUGUAGGGAAUCACUGUUUUUUGAGGAGGGGGAAUUGGCUGGAAAAUGUCUGUGCAGAGGAUAAAUCCCUCAAUGCAGCCGUUUAGAGCAAUAACAAUAGCAUACAGCUUUAGUUUAUCUUAUGAACCUAGAUGCCAUAAGGUGUCUGUGCCUCUGCAGGUGUAGGUUGCUGCCGGUGUUGUGCUGGCAUCAGACACAGACGCGGUGCUCAUCGGAGCUCGACUCCCUCUGAAUCGCAAAUGUUGAUCAUCAGUUGGAUUGUUUCUUGAGAAACCUCAAAAGCCCUCUGAAUGGCCCACUGAUGCACCCACUGAUAACUCAGCAGUUCCUCCUCCACAAAAGCAGCUUUAAGACUUCAUUUACUUUACGACUUUAUUCUCGUAAGUAAUGAUUUUAUUACGACUUUAUUAUCGUAAAUAAUGAUUUUAUUACGACUUUAUUCUCAUAAGUAAUUACAAAGUCUUAAUUUUUUGACACUGUGACACUUCUUUCACAUGUGGACCUGCUGCUUAGUCUCAAAUAGGCCUAACUCAUGGGAAAUACAGUCUGUCCAAAUUCUCACAAAGAGGAUAUAAGCUCCUAAAAUUUAGUCUGCUAUAAGCCAACAAAGAUUCCACAUAUCUCACUUUUCUUUCCAUCUUUGUUGAAAUUAUCUCAAUCCAGGGCUGAAAUAAUUUACUCUCAUUGGUUAAAUAUUUUCAGACUCACUUCCACAUUUUCUAUUAUUGAACUUACACACAUGCAGUCAGCGCAGUGAGCCGUGUCCCACACAGACUGUGGUGUCUGUCGGUGAGCGGGCAGCAGGUACAGCAGCUGCUCAACAGCCUUAAGACGGUAAAAUGGCACAGAGGAAAGUCGGAAAUAAAGGAAAUAAAAAGAACCUAUACAAGUUGGUUCCCUGCUACCAUAAAACUUGAUGGUCCAUGACUUUUAAUGACAUGAAAAGCUAAACCUCAUCUGAUAGCAACCACCUUAAAGAGCCCGUCUCCGAUGGACCAGAGGGAUCUCGAGAAAAACUUGUGAGUGAUGACUCUCACCAAAGAGGAAUAAUGUGAUCCAUCAAGGCAUACUGAAUAUAUGAGACGUUUUUACUCUCUUUGUUGUAAAGAAAAAGUCCAGAUGAUAUGAACGGUGACAGUUUGGAGGGUUUGUGUCCUAAAUCAAAAGACAAGUAGCAGACAUAUCAUCAGCAUUGCAGUCUGGGUAGAUUUCCCCAGCUGAGGUUGAAUUAUGACUGAGCAGAGCACCUGUUGGAACAGAUACAGAGAAUAAAAAUCAAGCGGAGCCAAAAAAGAAAAAAAAGGGAAUAAAUUUCGUCCUGCAAUCUAUUUUUCGACUGAGCCUAAAUGCUGCUUCUUGUGUUUUUUUUUUUUUGUGAGUUUCUUCCCCCAGUGGAUUUCUCAUAAAAGUUUUUAUAAUUCAAUUACACUAACUGCAGAAAAACACCAGUUGUCUCUCUCUGGGUUUUUACAAACCGCACAGAGAUUCUUUGAACUGAUGAUCUGUGAAGAUAAACGCGGGGAUUUUCAGCUCUCUCUCCUUCUGUACUUGCUGGUAAUGGUUGGGCACAAAUAACUCUGGUGCAAUGUCUCAUUUUUACUGCCAGGCUGAUGAACAACUUCGACUGUAGAGCUGCAGCCACCCGGUGUUUAAGAAUACCCCACUCUGUGUUAUGACCCUGCUCAUGGUGGGGGCUAGCAAGGUCUCAUGUCUCGAUGCUGGAUUCAGAUGCUUUUUUUCAUCUGCUGACACACAAGGACCAGAUUCUCCACUAACCUUAAAAAGAACCUGAAUCUAUCAGCUAUCCUCUAAAAACUUUUAUGACGUUAUGAUAAUAGGUUUAAUUCUAUAACACUUAAAAAAGGUAUAAAUUUAACACUCAAAAUCAAAAUAAAGUAAAAUCAAAAUCAAAAAAUCUAUUCUGAAACUCACAAGGAGCCAGUAAAAGACAAUGGCUUGCCUCUGCAGCUAAAUGUGAGAAGUCUGGCAGCAGCAUUUUAAAAUAAUUGUAGUCUUUGUAUGCUGCACUUACUGAUGUCAGAAUAAAGUGCAUUAUAGUAUUGAAGUCUGGAAGAAAUAAAUGCAUGGAUGACUUUUAAGACAGGAGAGAAAAAAUAGACCUGAUUUUGAACAACGCAGGACGCUGUUCAUCUGAGUGUUGUAGGAAAGGUCGGAAAGCAAAUGAGUCCAGGGUUACAGGCUUUCUUGCAAACAUUAUAUUCUGGAGGACAGAUUAUUAAUCUAGCUAAAACUGGGGUUAGAGGGGGUAAUGACAAUAAUUUAAGAUUUGGAGUCAUUUUUAGAUAUCCACUUCUUGAUUUCAAACAGACAGGAUGUAAUGUGAGACAUGUCAGGGGUGCCAGAUUUUGGCAGACAUAGAGCUGAGUGUCAUCUGCAUAUAGGGAUGGGAAUCGAGAACCGGUUCCAAAUAGUUCAAUCUAUCGACAUCAUUUACAUUUGAUCUUAAUGAUUCCCUUGACAAUUCCUGUCAUUUGGGUGCCUUGAAAAAUGGUCUCCUGAGAGCCAGCCUACAGAACGGGAACAGAGACUUUGAGGAAAAAAUGUGGCGGAGGGGUACGAACAGUAGGCUGAAACGAUCUACAGCAUGGCUUCAUUUUACUUAUAAAUGUCAAAUGUCUGGGGUUUUGAGUUUGUGUAGCAGGGACUAACUGAGUUAGAAGCAUGUAAAAAACACUAGACCCGACCAAAAAACCCUCAAAAUUUUUUGAGUGACUCCACCCUGCGUAGUAGUGUCCUCUUUUUUGGGGAUCUCGAAUAUGGUCACCCUAAUUUGACUUAAUACUGACCGAAGUAAAUGCUCAACAAAUAGUUUGUCGUUUCACUAUUUUUAGACUCUCACUGAAGGUGUCGUACAUCUUUUUCUGUUAUCAGACUCAAUAAAAUUUUGAGUUAAUGGUAAAAACCUAUGGUCUACUUUUUAAAAAAAAAAUCAAAGGAAGGCAUUGAUAAGGGAAUCGUUAAAGAAUUCAAUCGAUAAGCAGACUCGAUAAUGGCAUUGUUAUCCAUAAAAUCUUAUCAAUUCCCAUCCCUAUCUGCAUAGCAGGAAAAGUCUAUACCAUGCUUAUGCAGAUUUGCCUCAGGGGAAACACGUAAACAGUGAAUACAAGGGGACCCAAGAUAGACCCUUGUGGGACCCCUGAGAAGAAGAGGAGGAGGCAUUUUCAAGGAAAGGAGACGACAGGAAAAUGAGACGACAGGAAAAUGAACCAGUCCAGCGUCACUAAUUCAGAGUAUUUCAGAUGUCUGAUAAAGAUAUUGUGGUUGACUGCACCAAAAGCUGAAAUGAAGUCAAAGAGAGUAUCCAGAGUAGUAAAGUUCUGUCAGCUCAGAUUUUAUUAAAAUGCUCUUUUGUUAAAAUGUUUUUUUUUUUUCUUAAGUGAACAGGCCCUCCAGGAAGUCAGGAAAUAGCAACACCAAUUGGUUUUCACUUAACAGUAUCGAGCUGAUUUGUAACCCAGCUUGAAAUUUCUGAUCUCAAACAGAUUGUCAGCAGCUCUCGCUUGCAGAUAUCUGUUUAUAGAUAAAUAAGCUGCUGUCACAUAACCGCUUAGAGGAGCCGGGAUCUCCUUACCCUGGAUUGCAUUUUUGUUUGCUGUCUGUUUGAGAUGUUUUUCCUGCAUACAACAAAGCCCGCUGACAUGUGAUUAGACUAAACUGCUUGGACUGCAAUGUAGAAUCUGUGUCUGUCACUACAAACAGACGCGCCUAAACCUAUUACUUUGAGGCAAUGCCGAGCGCUGCUUCAACCCUCCAGCCAAAGGGAAGUCAAGUGAGAGAUUUGGGUUUGAUCCUGUUGUUAAAACACAAAUCAACAUUGUGUUAUUGUUUUAGCUGCACAUUAAUCCUUUAAGAGUAGUCUUCAGUUUCUUCCGAGAGCUCAGGGUCUGUAGUGGGUAAAGCGCACCUCUCCUCUGUUUCACAUGCAUAUGUAAAAAUCCAAGGCAGGGAGAGCAGCAGCAAAGACUCGCAGGGGUACAGAACAAAGGAGUGGACACAAGCUAAUAACAGUUUUAGCUGAAAGGGAUAUUCCGACGUAAAAUUAAGUUAGGGUCAAACACACCGUAACACCGAGUUAGACACCCCCUCGAGAGAUGAAUGUUGCUGACCGUUGCUUCUCUAGUUAGACCAUUUCAGUAAUGACCACACGAUAGCAAUACACAGUGGCCUCAGGAGCCACGCGCUCAACCAACACGCCACUCUAUAGCCACAAAUAAUGCUCAGAACAGCACCUAACUUCAUCAACAGUACAUAUAGGGUCCUAGCCACAGCACUAGCCACCAAACAUCUUUUUAACUUUGUCUAAUUUCUUAAGCAAAGAGACUAAACACAACUCACCUACUCGCUUCCAGCAGCCGUUUGUUUGUGGGGCGAGUCCUGACGAGUCCAUCACCAAGUGCAGCGGAGUUUUGCAGCUCAAGGAAGAACAUUUAUGAUUAUUUCUGCAGUGCAAAAUAAUUAAUAUUAUGAUUGUUACUUCAAGGAAAUGAUAAAGUAAUAAUCAUAAAUGUUCUUCCUUGAGCUGCAUCACCCUGCAGCAGUUGGACUUGUCCGAGAUCUCUGUACAAACAAGCGGCCACUGGAAGAGAGUGGGUAAAUUGUGUUUAGUCUCUUUGCUUAAGAAAUUAGGCAAAGCUAAAAAGAUGUUUGGUGGCUACUGCUGUGACUAGGACCCUAUAUGUACUGUUGAUGAAGUUAGUUGCUGUUCUGAGCAUUAUUUGUGGCUAUAGAGUGGUGUUUUGGUCGAGCGUGUGGCUCCUGAGACCACUGUGUUUUGCUAUUGUGCGGUCGUUACUAAAGCUGGUAUAAUUAGAGAGGCAAGCGGUUGGAUUGGUGUUACAGUGUGUUUGACCCUAACUUAAUUUGAUACCAGAAUAUCCCUUUAAGUAGACAAAAAAUUGGAAACUGCUUUUCUUAACGGGUACCUUGAAUCGUUCUGACAUUCUCAGAUGAGGAUGUGUUGUGACAUUUUUUCACAGCCUGAGCAGCAGUGGUGUAGCGAGCCGCCUCGCAGCGCUGUGUCACAUCACAGCUCGCUCGAACAAAGGCCAGCAGAUCACAGGUUAGCCGGGAAGUUGCGCAGAACUUCACGUCUUUACGAACUCCCCGUCCCCGGCUCAGUCUCAUACCUGUUCUUAAGGCACAAAAAAACACUCACCACAGACACUCAGCCUCCUGCAGGUAUUUUUGGAUUCCCUCAGAGUUGUCAUGUCAUCCACUGAUUCCAUAAAAGUCCACUGUUUCCUCACACCUCCCUGCUGUAAGCAUCAGAGUAUCACCUCGUCUCAGGCUUUGCAGGGAUGUGGCUGGCAGCAGCUUCGUUUGUUGACCGUGUUGACUACAAAGCAGCUGUUCAAAGCUGACUCAGGAUUUCGCAGCUUAAAAUUUCUCUGGGUGACCGCCGCUUUCCACUCACUCUAAGAUCUAUCCAAGCCUGGGAGGUUUAAUUUUUUCCUCUGAGGCCUUUCAGGCAGGGUGGCAAAUGAACUGGGACUCUGUGACAUCAAGUUUCUGACAGCAUUGACCAAAGGCAUGAGGAAGGUGGAGGACACGGUGCUAUUUUCAUCUCAGCCUAUCAGUGGGAAAGAGGUUGGCAUUGAACAUUUCAACCCUCAGAAGAUAGAGAGAGAAGCGAUGGCGGGGGGGAGGAAGGAAAGAGGAGGGUAGAAAAAAGGAGAAACGUGGGAGACAAAGAUGGAGAGUGCGUGUCUGUGUGCGAGAGAGAAAAGGCAAGACAGGGGAGAGACAGUGAUAAGUUGACUAGGAGGGAAGUGAGAUGUGACACACCGAGAGAAAGAGAUGCUCAAUCAGUGCUGUCAGGUUUUCUCGCAAUCACAGACAGCCGGUGGAGACUGCGGGCUGCACUAUCGACGACGAGCCGCCUCUCUAAUGACAGCGAGGCGUCCAUGUUUUCAACUAUAAAAUCAAUGGGGCUCAUUUGUGCACACGGAGAGAAUAUUUUUCAUCAUACAUUGCAUGAUUUUUAUCGCACGCCAUUGUGUAAGAGAUAUUUUCAUGUGGACGGGUGGUGAUUUUAAACAAUGUUAAUGUACCUUACUUCAUUACACAGGAAAUGAAAUAGCUCUUUUUAUCUACUUCAGAUCAGUAUCAAUCUCUGUUGCACAUACUCCUGUCAAAAGAAAGGUAAACGCAAGAGCCUCAGGAGCUCAGCGUGUCGUCUUCUGGAGGUGACAGAAAUAGCAAAUUAAAGCAAAACACCUCAGCUGUGACUGACGCCUUUGUUUUCGAUGUGCGUUUGUUGUUUUCGCAGCUCUGGACACCACCAAGGACCCGUGCCAGAAUGUGAAGUGCAGCCGCCAUAAGGUGUGCGUCGCCCAGGGCUACCAGAGAGCCAUGUGUGUCAAUCGUAAGAAACUGGAGCACAGGUAGGUGGAGUUUUAAGUCCCCCGAGCCAUAAAGGGGAGUGUUUUCAGGACAUGCUGCAACUGUUGAUACAAUUUUCACGUGUAAAGGACACACAUUUCUCCGCUUGUGAUGUCAACAGUCGCUCAAGUGUGUGAGUUAAAAGCUUUUCAGUGUCUGCUUGGAGAGUUAUUGAUUAAACUCAGUAAAGAGGCCAGAGAGUGUCAGGAGUCCACUGCGAUGUAAUUUCAGCAGGAAAGCCAUGCUGAGCAAGGAUUAAGGGCCCAGUGUGGAUGGGAAGUGAUGAAAGUGAAUACAAACAGUUAUGGAGACAAGGAGAGAAAUUCUGUCAAAAUAACUUGUUUAAAUUUUUGGUGAGUCACUCCUAAAAACCACGAGAGAGUAACCCUCAAGAUCUCAAUUUCAUACCCUUGGUGUUUCAGACCUCAAACGAAGUAAGUGUUUAUCUGCAGUGUUAGAGAAGAGCCUCCAAAGUGAGUUCAAGAGCAAGUUAUUAACUUCAGCUCUGACCGGUCGACUCUCCUGAAGAACUUAAAUAUAGCUGGUUAUCCAGCAGCUCAGGAUGUGGAAAUAUGUCUCUAUAGGUGUCUCUCUAAAGGAAUCGUAGCUGCUUGCAGAUGUAGCAUAGAAGUCUAAAAACUGUUCGGGAUAGUGGUAGAUGACUCCACUUUUUUUUUUUUUUUUUUAAACCAAAUGUGAUAUUACUCAUUUAUUACUCCACCGCUUUAUUUUGAAUUUUUUGCAUAUUCAUAAUUGCCAACUUGAUUUUGGAGCUUUGAACUUUCCGAACUCAAAUUUAAUAUCAAUGAAAUUUUAGCACUUAAGUAUUAAGAUAAGAUAAGGUAAGAAGAACUUUAUUUAUCCCCAAAGGGAAAUUCAAUAAUUAGGUUGAUUUCUUAUCAUAAAUUCAAGUAAAAUUAAAGCUGCUGUAGGUAAUUUGUGGUUUCAGCUUUGGCGCCCCCUGUGGACAAAAAUGGACGUCUUAUCUCUUUACUGACAUUAACCUGUGCAUGCAAAGGCAUUUUUCAUCUUUUUUUGACAAAAAAAAUAGAUUCCAGCUUUGAGUCUGACACCCACUCCUUUACAACUUUUUCAGGCAUAAAAUAAUUACUAUUUAAAAGUAUUCAGUUGGACUUCUGAUUGACCCAGUUGCUGUUUUUUUUAGUUAUAAAGAAGUAUCACUGUUAAUUUCCUAGUCUUUGAAUAUUCCCUUUUUUGUUUUUUGAGCUUUUAAAAAUUCUUCAAUUUUAAUAAUUUUUAAUUUCCUUGAGGAAACCUCCCCUAAAGGAUAAAUAAAGUUGUAUCUAAUCUAAUCUUUCAACUGCAGUUGUUCAAGUUCACUGGUGCUAAAUGAGUCAGUAUACUCCAAUAUGCAGUACAACCCCUUUUCAGCGUGCCUUGACCUUUUACCAGUUGCCAAGUGCUUGGGUAAUAUUUUGGUCCUUUCCUUUGUGUUACAUGACAUUAUUUUGUCUAUUUCUCUCUAAAAUGUAACGUCAAAUUAAUGUUAACGUGCGAAUCUGUCUUUGUCGGAUAAAUGAAGAAAUCUGAGUAAUGAGAAGAAGAAGACAGCAAUAUUGGCCUGGCUCCUUUAAAGGUCACAAAAAGAUUGAUAGGAGCAUGGUGGUUUAAGAGAUGUACAGGUUCAUAGAAUAUGUGACAAACUGACGUAGUUUUUUCAGUAAAUGUAGGUUUAUAAAUAUCUGCAUUACCUUAUAAGUUAGCUGUAGAGAUUUAGAUAUUAACACCAAUGAUUAACUGAUACUGUCUUAAUGAUAUGCACGCCAAAAAGUUCAUAAAUGGAGUACUAGCAGUUAUAUAAUCUCUAAAUGCUCAAAUAACUUGAAGCAUUUGGCAUAGUUUGACAUUUUCAUGCUAUAGAUUCACUGGUAUUUUGUUCAGACAUUAAUUAUUCACGAGCAUUAAAACUUUAAAAUAAGGUUAUGAGUUCCAGAUCCAUGUAUAUAUUCAUAGAUUAUUUCCUCAGGCUGCUUCUUAUUUUAAGUUCUGUCAGCUUGCAAAAAGCAGCGGCUGCUAUUCCAGGGGUCCAAAUAGAUGCAAGCUUAAUGAGUUACACUUAAUGUCAAGGGUGCAUACUUAAUGAUUGAUUAAUGCUUUACUAAUACAUGACUCAUCAUGGUUUGAUCUAAUGCAUGAUGUAUUAUGAACCCCAGCGACUCAGUUUUAAUUAAUAAUAAAGCCACCAUUGCUUGGUGUAAUUACUUAAAACUACAUGGAUCAUCAGUUUGUGAACUCAUAUAUUAAUGCGGCGCAGUCCGACCAAAUUGAACGUCAUCGGAGAUAAAAGUGGACACAGUCUUCUCAGCUCAGUGCGUCCUCUUUGAGAGAGAAACAGCUCCACAGCCUCGCGUUAGAGCAGACUAUACAGUUCUGUGUGAAACUGGCUGCAGAGACUUUGAUCAGCGUCUCCUCAUACACCCCGAACCCUCUGCAUUCAGUCUUUGUUUAUGCAUUCAACUAGUGUAUUCAUAAUAUGACCGAACCAGAAGGCUGGGUUUGAUCAAAUUGAGGCUCUGGUGUUUGUGUCACAUCUUGGGACUAUAAAUAUAAGCAGCUGAGAAAGAAAAUAACAUUCACUCCAGCUUUCCAGGCCAAAUAUAGGAUUUUUGGACAGCUUGGAUAUCUCCCACAUGACAAAAAAGAACUGCAAAGCUGCCAACAGUGUGGUGCCAAAUUGGCUGUCAUCUUAGUGUAAGUAAAUAAAACCUCAGAUAUUUACACAAAUAUAGUGAUGCAUUUAAAAAAAGCAGCAUCCCACUUAUUUACAUUUUUAAAACAAGAUAUGGAGCUCUUAAAGGUAUGUAACCUAUAUUUAAAUCUGCUGUAAUUCACAUUUCUACUUCAAAAAAAUAUAAAAUAACACAUAACGUGAUUAAAAAUUAGGCGUACUCAGGUUUUGGACAAAAUAUACUUCUUAAAUCUCAGCGGCUCGUUAUGUUAUUUCAUGGAUAUUGGUUAUUAAUCCGAAAAAAACAAAAAAAAGUCCCUGUUUAAAUUCACAAAGCACCAAACAGCUGACAGACAGCGAUAACAGCUUAACAUAGCAGAGCAAUUAACAGGUGAACACUCAGAUAUUCACCCCGGGAGUGGUAAGCGACUAAAAUCGGAGAGAAAAAGUGUGAAUUUCAGAGUUAUGACUAUCAAACCGCCUGAGAAAUGUCCUCUAAGGAUUGCUAAUGUUGUUACAUGUCCUUUGGAUUUUAAAUGACUGUUUGCUAGCAAGCUUGUCAUACAUUAUAAGGUGAUAAUUUGUUGUGUUUACAGCUCAGUUUCGCUAUCCCUAAGCGGCUAGAGAAAGCUGAUAGUGUUUUCGAGUGCGUUUGAUGCGACUACUGAGGAAUCAUGUUGUAUGAGAUUGUUUUCCUCUCAGCUGUAAGUAUCAAGAUUAUGCACUCUGAUCGAAAAUCCGUAAACUGUAAACAGGCUAAAUUCACAUGUUUCUGUUGGCUGUUAUUAUUCGAUGCACUGGUUCCUAAGAUCCUCUCUCACGGAGAUUGACUCCGUGUUCAGUGAGCACAAGCGUCACGACUUUUUCGGCAUCUACUGACGCUAAUGACGCUAGGAUGGUUUAGCGUGCUCGUGCUUAUUACCCAUUAUUCGGCACAGUCUCUCUCAUCUCUGGAGUGACUCAGUAAAUGAAGUACUUUAGUGAGAAAGAUAAAUGCCUGUCUCUGCAGAUAGACUUUGCAGGUAGUAAUAAUUCACUCCAUUAAUUCUUUUCAGACUGCAACCCUGCUCAUUUGUUGUUUUUUUUUUCAGUCUGAGCAGAAUGAAUGGGCAAAGGGAGCAGAUAAAUACUUUUCGGAGAGGUUCGUUUAAGAAAAAAGAGGCUCUUUGUGAAGGAGGAGAACUGGAAUAGUUUUAAACUUAAUCAAAAGUGUAAAAUGUCAAACUUUCAGCUUCAGAUGAGUCUGUACAUCAUGAAUAAAUCAUCACUGAUGGUCAGUAUACAGUAUAUUAGUGACCUGUUGCAUAUACUGUGCAUGAUCUUGGUGCAAAUCAGCUUCUUACUCUUACAACGAAGCAUGUCAGAUCAAGUUCGGUGCUGAAGUGAAAGUCCUAGGUGUUGUUUGUUUACUUCAAAGAAAGAAGACAGCAAGUUUGGUGUCAAGAUGUGGCCUUUAAAGGUGAGCCUUUUAGUCCACAACAGAAGCACAGCAACUCCCGACGUCUUAAGGGAAUACAUUUGACCAGAAGAAGACAGCCUGGUGUAAUCUGUUCCUCUGAAAAAAACUCACAGACCGCUGUGAACAGGUUUCUCUGAAAAUACUCUCCACAAAAGAAACAGUCUGAGGACUGUUGACAGUGUAUCAGGUUCACUGUUUCAACAGAGAGGGCAAGUUUUUAACUGUGCCGGCAACAAGAAUCUGCAGGAGGGGGAGGAUCGUGUCAGUUUGAGGAAAUAGCUCAACAACUGUUGGAAUAUCAGCGAAGAAACUUUGUACGGAUGUCUAAGCUUGACUGGGGACAAAGUAUCCGAUCUUUGAUGGUCCCUUGUUUAGACCCUAUUAAAGGCACUUUAAAAACCCUCCAAAACCUAUUGAAUCUUUAUCAAAUUUCAUAAAUUUUUGUCUCACAAUUAAAGAAAAAAAAAGUGAAAAUCUGACCUUUUCUGACAUAUUAGUGGACGCUCACAAAUACUAAUAAUGGGCUCUUUGCACCGAUCCACAACUUCCUGAACUUAAAUGGAUAUUGUGGUGUAAAAUUAAGUUAGGGUCAAACACACCGUAACACCAAGUUAGACAACCUGUCAAGAGAUGAAUGUUACCGAGGGCUUGCUUCUCUAGUUAUACCAACUUUAGUAACAACCACACAAUGGCAAUACAAGGCGGUCUGAGGAGCCAUACACAAACCUCCCCCAAGACGCCACUCUAUAGCCACAAAUAAUGCUCAGAACAGCUCCUAACUUCAUCAACAGUACAUAUAGGGUCCUAACCAUAGCACUAACCACCAAACAUCUUUUUAUCUUUGCCUGAUUUCUUUAGCAAAGAGACUAAACACAACUCACCUGCUCUCUUCCAGCAGCCACUUGUUUGUAGCGAGACCUAAGAUGAGUCCAUAAUCGACUGCUGUGGAGUUUCGCAGCUCAAAGAAGAACAUUUAUGAUAAUUUCUUCAUGGAAAUGCAAUCAGACCAAGACACUUAAGUAGAAGAAGAACCGUUCUUCCUUGAGCUGCGUCACCAGGCGGUGAUGGACUUGUCCGAGGUCUCGCUACAAACAAGCGGCUGCUGGAAGAGAGUAGGUGAGUUGUGUUUAGUCUCUUUGCUAAAGAAAUUAGGCAAAGUUAAAAAGAUGUUUGGUGGCUAGUGCUAUGGCUGGGACCCUAUAUGUACUGUUGAUUGAGUUAGGUGCUGUUCUGAGCAUUAUUUGUGGCUAUAGAGUGGCGUUUUGGUUGAGGUUUGUUUAUGGCUCCCCAGACCGCUGUGUAUCGCUAUCGCGGUCGGCAUAAAUGAAUUUUAUGCAGGAAUAUCCCUAUAAGUUCAGGAAGUAGUGGAGCUGUGCACAGAGCCCAUUCCAUCAGCUUGAGAUAGCUUUGUGUAGCUAAUUAGCAAUUGCUAGCAUGUUCACAAUAAGUAUAUAUAGUUAAUUUAGCCUUAAAACCUGGUCUUCAAAUCUAUCUGAGAAUCUACACUCAGAAUUCUGUUGGUGGCCUCGUAAAAAUACAAGCGUGAAGGCAUUUUUCCGACAGUGUUUCUCUUAUGUAUUUCACUUUUCUCUUUCAUAUCCAGAGUCAAACAACCAGUGCAGCAGGAGGCUCAUGAAAAUAGCUGCAAACCAUGUCCUGUUGCUGCCACUACACCUGUAUGUGGCUCUGAUGGACACAACUAUGCCUCUGAGGUAAAGAGAGUAUAUCCCACUUGCAUCCUCACUUUAUUAGAGUCUUACUUCUUCCUGAGAUAACCUUUUUUUUUUUCACUUUGGCUUUAUCACUGAAUACUGUCGUCAUAAAACCUGUGAAAAGAAAUGAAAAGUGGCCGUGUCAUCGCUUUAAAUAAUGAGAGGAGUCCAGUCUAGUGCUGUUUCCUGCUGCGCUGACAUAUACGUGGGCGCAGCGGGGUAACACAGUUCAUCACUGCUCACAGGAAGACAAGUGCAUCAGCUCAACGCGCCUCUAUGAUUAAUGACUGACGCUGUUUUGAGUGGCAUCACUGAACGCCGGCUACUGCCAGGACUCCUUAUUGAUUUAUGUAUAGUUUUUAAUUUUGACCUUGCAUGGAUGGCAGAAGAGAGUGACAGCUCAUUCCUGCUGCCUUUCUCUAAGUGCAGUGUCUCAUUUGAAUGAGCAAUCUCUUUUUUUUCCUGCGGUCACCCCCAUAAAUAUUUUAACUUCUCGCUCCCUCUGUCCUCACUUUCUCUCUCUCUCUCUCUCUCUCUAUACAGUGCAAGCUGGAGCAGCAGGCCUGCCUCACAGGCAAAGACCUGAGCAUCAUGUGCACUGGCUUUUGCCCCUGUGCCACAGCCCCCGUUACCAUCACAAAUACUGAUGCAAAACGUGGCAAGUGCUAUUUCUUCUCCUUUUUUUAUUCAUGCAUAUCAAGUCAGUGAUACUCACCUCCUUUUCUGAACCAGUCAUCACAUUCAUGACUCAAGAGUUGACGAUUGGAGAAGCAGUUGAAAAAAGCUGAGCCACCUCACCAUCCCCGAACCUGUAUCUCCCUCCCCACGACACACCCCCUCUGGCAGAGCAAGAAGCCGACUGGCAAAAGAUCCUACGUUAGCUUCAAAUAGGAUUCACCAUGUCGGAUUGCUAGUGACCAGCGGCAGUAAACGCCAGCUCUGCUAGCGAGAACCGUCUGCAGCUGCCUGGACAGCUACGGAGUUGACAUUGUAGAGACUAAUAGGAGUUAUUUAUGUAACAUGUGCCACGAUAAAGGGCAAAAACUACCUCUUCAACAAAAUCUCAGCUGUCUCUGCGUCUGUUUUCAGGCCCAAAUCCUGGCAGAGCUUUCUCCACCGCUUGAAGGAUGACCCGAUGUUUAUUCAAGUUAGAUUCCUCGCUUGGUCACAUUUCCUCUUCGUCUCUGCCCUUUCUUCUGUCAUGUAGCGUUUUCUUAGCACUUUUGGCGGUAGGGCGAACAGAAGUGGGUUUUUUUUGCGUCCUUCUCCAUCACAGCUCCUAUAGCUAAGCUGCUACGCUACUUUUAGCCGCUCUGAGUUCCAAGGAUGGCUGGGAGGCAAAAAAAAAAUUUGGGGGAUGGUAGGGGAAGGUCCCGCCCUCCUUUGCCUCUGAUUGGCUAGAAGUGUUGGACUCCGAUUGGUUAUACCUUAUGGCUGUGAAACGUCAUUGUAAGUUGGGUUCGGGUUAUGGUUAGGAGAUUCAGAAUUUUGAUAAUUUUCUGUCUGAUGUUCAGAGCCAACAGCCCGCGUUUGAGCUAAGAUGACGUUUCCAGCUUUUCUAGCCAAUCAGAGGCUACCAUCCUACAAAAAAAAAUAUCGCAGCCAGAAGAGAGGGAGGGGACAAGUUGGAACUAUGGGAGAGGGGUGUGUCAAAUACAGUGAGGUGAUUGGAUGAAGAGGCAGAGCAGGAGAUUGACCAAUAGAAGCAGUCUGGGACGGAUGGCUCCCAUUGGUCAAUGUUUUUGCAACCAGGCACCUGCUCGGGUGAACAGAUUUUUUCCAUUCCUUUUUUCUCUUCACUUUGUGGAGAUCGCACUAUAGGACCAUGAUCGCCAUAGAAACGAGGUUCAUAAUAUCUACCAAUCUCUCCAAUCGUCAACCAUGCCUUUAAGUCAGUGAUACUCACCUCCUUUGCUGAACCAUUUUCACCUCACCCAUGACUCAAGGGUUAUACACCCACCGAUGCUCAAGAAUCAGGAUCAAUACUCACCAAUUUUAGAGAUUACUGCUAUCCAAAUAUCCCCUGUGUGGGUCAGCUGCUCCUUCAAUCAUGUAGUAAUUAAUUAUUUAGAGUGUACGCUAUCUAUCAUUGCAGCCAAACAGUAUUGAUCCUGCAGAGUCGAGGGUACGCUGAAAUGCCAAUUGAUCAAAAGACUGACUUGUUACUCUGUUUUUUUUUCUUCCUUCCAAGUGCUUAGUCUGGGACUGAAAGUUGAUUUAAAAUGGAUAACAGGGUUUUGCUGCAGUGGUUUUAAUUGCAAGAUAAUGUUUAUUUUAAUUAGCAUGUGGUGUGGCUUUAAAGGACAGCCUGAUAAUCCACCUCUACAGCUUCAAAUCGAGGGAAAUCUUUCAUUCUGCUCUUUGUACUUCGGUAAAAGCAGCACUGAGUCACUUCCAGCUUUGUUUGAAGGUGAGUCAGAUUGCUGUAAAGUGUCUGCCAGGGUUCUGAAUACACGCAUUUCUCUCUUCUCACUUCCUUAGAGAGCUGCACCGGCCAGGACCUGGCAGACCUGGGUGACCGCCUCAGAGACUGGUUCCAGCUACUUCAUGGAAACGCCAAGCAGAACAACUCUGGCAAGCUCAGAGCUGGCACGGCUUCGGGUUAGAAAACUCGCUUAGUAGCUUUAUUCUCUGCCGCUUCCAAAACUUACAACUCAAUUGUCUAUGCAAAGAAAUGCGGUUUAAACACAAAGAAACUGAAGUGCUAUGCAAAUUGUUUCUGGCAGCGCUGGACAGGAGCCUUGUAGCGAGUUGCAAGGAUUCUAUUGGCUGGAUGUUCUCAAGGCUCGACACAAACGGCGACUUGUAUCUGGACCACGCUGAGCUGGCCGCUAUAAACCUGGACAAGUAUGAGGUCUGCAUCCGACCCUUCUUCAACUCCUGUGACAGUUUCAAGGACGGGAAGGUGUCCACAGCUGAGUGGUGCCUCUGCUUCUGGAGGGAAAGUAAGUGGAGAAAUCUACGAAAAACUCAUUAAAUCUAUCAAAUCUUUCUUGGCUGUAUUUCUUAGGGAAUCAAAGGGAGUGCACUUGCGUCACCACAAGUUUGGUUCAUGAGCAUACGCUGAUGGUAGCAUCUUAUUUCCAGCAUUUACAAUAUCCCUCUUCUCUCUGCUUUGCAUGCAACAUUUAUUGGCACCAGCUCUAACAUAAUACAUUUGGAUAAUACCCUGGGUGUUUUUUGUGCACAAGCAAGCAGAUAAUGUCACUGAACAUUAUCUGGUUAUAGAAAUCACACUGCACAAAAACUUUUAGGUGGAGAACUGCAAAGCCACGCAGACACUCCAACGCACAAGUAAGCCUGAUAUGACCGCUACAAGACGGACACCAGGCAUUUCUUUAACACAAGUUCUACAUUCUUAUAGAUGUACCUCAGUUCUGGAGAAGAAAUACUGAUAAAUUUAUUAGAUGCUAGUUCACUUUUAUGUCAGGCUUUAGCAUGAAAACCUCAAUUGUUUGGGAUAUUCCAGCGUCAAAUUAAUUUAGGGUCAAACACACCAAGUUAGACACCCGGUCGAGAGGUGAGUGUUGCCGACCGCUUGCUUCGAGACCUCAGACCAGUCUAUCAUGGACUGCUGUGGGGUGACGCAGCUCAAGGAACAACAUUUAUGGUCAUUUCUUUAUCAUUUCCUUGAAGUAAUAAUCAUCAUAUUUAUCAUUUUGCACACCAGACGCGGUAGUUCUUCUGCCUUAAAUUAUCAUAAAUGUUCUUCCUUGAGCUGCGUCACCCAGCUGCAUUCCAUAAUGGACUGGUCUGAGGUCUGAGGCUACAAACAAGCGGCAGCUGGAAGAGAGUAGGUGAGUUGUGUUUAGUCUCUUUGUUAAAGAAAUUAGGCAAAGCUAAAAAGAUGUUUGGUGGCUAGUACUGUUGCUGGGACCCUAUAUGUACUGUUGAUGAAGUUAGGUGCUGUUCUGAGCAUUAUUUGUGUGGCGUUUGAUUAAGGUUAUGAUUAAGGUUUGUGUGUGGCUCCUUAAACUGCUGUGUAUUGCUAUUGUGUGGCCGUAACUAAAGUUGGUAUAACUAGAAAUCAAGCUGUCGGCAACAUUCAUCUCUAGACGUGGUGUCUAACUCGGUGUUACGGUGUGUUUGACCCUUAAUUAAUUUUACGCUGGAAUAUCCCUUUAAAGUUUGCAGCUUGUGAAAUAAGCGUCUUCUCUUUAAAGGAAUAGUUUGAAAUUGAAGUCAUAUGCUUGAUCACGCUAAUAAAGAACAGUUUCACAGUUUACUGUACUUAUAGAGGAAUAGUCAAACAUCUUAUGAGAUUUUCUGGAGUUUUAUUAGGUGAUCAAUUCUGAGCUCACAGCAGAGUGGCCUAGGCUGAGCAUUAAGACUGUAAACAGGUGGAAACACUGUUUAUAGUUUUUCCUCCUUAAACCUUUUUAAGGGAAAUGUUUGACACUUUUUUAAUAACUUUAUAUCUUGUUUUUCUUGCUGGAAGUUUGACCAAGACCAGCUCCUCUUACACCUUUGAUGAAGCUAGGUCUGGAUUUGCUUAGUCUAGUUUAGCAAAAAGACCCUGGCUAGGUCUACAUAUCAAAAAUACAGCUAUACAGUUCCUCCACACUGAAAUGAUGUGAAUACUAAGUGAAAAAUGCACAUUUAACCUCAUAUGUAUGUACCAGCACAGAGCCAGACUAACUGUUUUUUUUUUUGUCCUGCUUCUAUUUAUAUCCUGGGUAAAUUGUCUCCUGGCUUCCUGCCUGGCUUUGUUGAAAGUGGAGUAACUAAUGAGUGUUUUUAAAAUCAGAUUAGGAAACACAGCUCUGACACCAGCCCUGAAACACAAGCUGUAUAAAUUAAUACCUCAACACCAGCAUCUCAAGCACAACAGUUUUCAUCAAGAGUCACCAGUUUAGCACCUGAAAAUCUAAAAAAUAAAUGGUUAAUAAGGUUAAUAGAUUGUCUUUUAAAUAUUAUAUUAUUCUUUUUGAAAUAGGCUGUUUCGCCCUGUUUCUACCUAUAUUCCUAUUUAAUCGGCCCAUAUUUAUCACAGUGAUAUGAAAGCAGUUUCAGUUUUUCUAUCAGACUCCUUCCUUCCCUGAAAAAUGAAUUAUCAUGUUAUUUCAAAAGUCUAAAAGCCUACAGGCGGUGACGAUACAGCAGCAAUUGCCAAACUAAUCAACACCUUCAAAGCAGAGCCUACUUUUCUGUUGCUUCACCUCCCCUCUUCAACCUCUGGCUCUUCGCACAAAUCCAUGCUUAUUUCUCCCUCCGUGCACCUAUAUUCCACCAUCUAUCCAGGUCUGAUGAUAUUCUAAGACAUGAUCACCCGUUCUGCUCCCCUGCUGAGAACAAUCUUGGUGAAGCCUCUUUGAUCUGACUCAUCUGUCAGAGAGCCAGAAUCACUUUCUGGCAAAUCGAAAAGUCCUUCUUAUGGCUCCUCUGAACUCUGCUCAAAUCUGAGUUUUGACUGUCCAACUUACUGCAGGAAAGACCUAAAGUUGAUGUAGCCUGAGAGGACUUCCACAGCGUGAUGGUGUCCUUUUGUCUUUCGUUUUGAAUGCAGCCACACAGUGGUCACAUCGCAGAGGAGUCACCUUUUCAUUUUUAAAGGGAUAUUCUGGCGUAAAAUUAAGUUAGGGUCAAACACACCGUAACACAGAGUUAAGACACCCCCUCAAGAGAUGAAUGUUGUUGACUGCUUGCUUCUCUGGUUAUACCAACUUUAGUAACGACCGCAGAUAGCAAUACAGAGAGCCACGUGCUCAACCAAAACUCCACUCUAUAGCCACUCUAUUGUGAGACCUCAGGGCAGUCCAUUAUGGACUGCAGCGGGGUGACACAGCUCAAGGAAGAACAUUUAUGAUCAAUCAGACCGAGCCGCUAAGGCAGAAGAACUACCGGGUCUGCAGUGCAAAAUGAUUAAUAUGGAGAUUAUUACUUUAAGGAAAUGAUAAAGAAAUGAUCAUAAAUGUUCUUCCUUGAGCUGCGUCACCCCGCUGCACUCCAUGGACUUGGCCGAGGUCUCCGUACAAACAAGCAGCUGCUGGAAGAGAGUAGGUGAGUUGUGUUUAGUCUCUUUGCUAAAGAAAUUAGGCAAAGUUAAAAAGGUGUUUGGUGGCUAGUGUAUAUACUGUUGAUGAAGUUAGGUGCUGUUCUGAGAAUUAUUUGUGGCUAUAGAGUGGCGUUUUGGUUGAGCACGUGACUCUGUAUUGCUAUCUUGCAGUCGUUACUUAAGUUAGUAUAACCAGAGAAACAUGCAGUCAGCAACAUUCAUCUCUCGACAGGGUGUCUAAAUCUGUGUUACAGUGUGUUUGACCCUAAAUUAAUUCUACGCCGGAAUAUCCCUUUAAAACACUGCGACUCCACAUCAUUCAAGAUGAGAUGAGAGAGAAAGUUUCAAAACAUACCUCUCACCUAGACUUUCUCAACCCUGAGUUCACCGAACGAUAUUUUCAACCACCUGAGACCGAGCACUUCACAUGACCUGUGACUGAACAUGGCGUUCCCUUUGGAUGGCACCAAUUCCCAAGGCACCGAACGAAAAAAGCUGGUCUUGACCUUACUCUGUUUACAAAGACCCUUUUUAAAGAUGGGAUAAGUGGAGUGGGAUGAGUGAAGCACUUUGCAGCAUUUGGCAGGUAACAGUAGUGAGGAAAAACUUCCUUAAACCUGCUUAAAAAAACUGCUUAUCUUGCUUUUACUCUUUUAAUAAGAUGUUUCUCUUAUUUUUAACCAAAAACCUGUUUUUAUAUCCCUUUACUGUGAUAUUUCUUUGCUUUUAAGAUGUGUCCCUUUGAGGUCUUAUUAUUUUUAUCAUUUUUAAACAGGCCGAAACAUCAUGAAAGACAGUCAUCUGAAGGAGGGAAAGGUGCUCAGUGUGCAGUCUAAAACCUUGGCAGCCUAACUAAGAGCUGGUCCAAGCUUAAAACAUGCAGUCUCAUACUCUAGAUGCUAUUUCCUCUUUCUUUGUCAAGGAACUAUUUAAGAGCAUGAAGCUAGUAAGAGCUCAGAAAAUAGCAAAUCGUCUACCCUCUUAACUCUAAAAGCUGUCCAAGAUUUAUAUUUGACUCUUGCUCAAAUGUAGGAAUUCAAAUCAAUAACAGAAAAAGCUAAAAGAUGAAUAUGAAUCACUUUUAUUCUAUUGCCGAGUGUUAAAAUACAGUUUUAGGUAAGAUGGGGAAACUUUCCUCAGUUUUCUUUAUUCUUCAGAAAAACACCCUGCUUCUUUUCUUCACUGCACACACGGUUAGAUUUCACCAGAUUUAUGUGGAGAUACUGAGUCAGGUUGAGAGAUAUCUGAGACAAAAUGAUCACAGACUGAAUCUAAAAACCCCUGGUGUGCUAGAAUAUUCAAACCGAAAUGAAGAGGCUUUUGAAGCCGCGUUCUUGACAUUUUAUGUGUAGUUGUAAAAUGUAAAAUGAUGGGUUAUCUCCGCGGACUCAUUUAUAACCCUCGUUCACAGCGCUGUUUUAGCUGUGCACUGUUUCUAUAUCUGUGCUGUUUGACCUUUACUGAACAAAUACAGGAGAUUUCAGACAGAAACCUCAUUUACACGCUGAUUAUCCCAUUGAUCAGACAUUCAAACCGCAUGCAAUAGAUUACACUGACUCCCUAAUCAAUUCUUCAUUAUGAGCUGGUGAUAUUUAGAAACAGCUUCACGCUCGGGCAUUGAGUUUUCACAUUUAAGGAUUAUGUUUAAGGAAAAAGAUGUAGCACCGUGGCUUAAAAUUACAUUUCCCUUUGCAGCAAAGUUAUCAGAGUUUGAGGGAGAUUUAUCACCUCGCUGGGAGAAAAUAAAAAAGCGCAUCUCUCUCCUCCGUGUUUCUAAUAUUUCAGAGGUUCAGCUUAUUUCUUUGUCGUUCUCGGGCUGCAUUCAGGUUCUUUCACCAAAGCGUUUGACAGUGAAUAAAGCUCAUGAGAGGCGAGAACAAAUACUCCUCAAACAAUUCAAUGCGUGAAAAAGGUGCGAUGAUAGGAGGGCAUUGAUUGAGAUUAAGUUUAAAGGGAGCAGUUUGAAGUAAUGUUUGUCAUCACUCUCUUUUGUUUUAUUCCGACAGAGCCGCCAUGCCUCGCAGAGCUGGAGAGGAUCCAAGUACAGGAGGCAGCCAAGAAGAAGCCCGGUAAAUAUUAUUGAUCAUUCAAGCAGGGGUGGGUCCGAGGGGGGAACUGAGGUGGCAUAAGCCCCUCUUUGAUAUCUGACUGUCCUGAUAGUCUGGACUGAAGUUCAGUCAGAGUGAUUGCGCUUUGAUGCAACAGCUUGAAAUCUGCUUUUUGACAUUUCACAGCAGUGCAUUUCUUCUUUGUUUUUUACUCUGUACUGUGAAUUUAACAGAUUUAUAUUUGGCUGCUAUUUUUUAUAUAACAGCUGUACAGCCAAUUUCGCGCAUGCCCUGCAAUCCUGAAAAUGUCAAGAUAUUUUCCAGGAGAAAAACCUAGACCAUGUGAUUAAUGAUGACAGAAAUGGUGGUAUGAAAAAUGAAAUACAGAUUAGCAUGUGUACAUUCCUGACGCCAACUUCAGUGCCAUCCCGUCAGGCCCCCCCAGUCAAAAAAUUGUAGACACACCCCUGCAUAUUAGACAUAGACUGUAUACACUAUGGACAACUUGGUUCCGCCUUCCGCUGGUAUACAAAUUUAAAGCCGAAAAGCUCUUGGUAUUAGUGCGAUUUUUCUCCAUUUCCUGAAAUGGACAUUGCAUAGUAGCGUUGUACGCACUCCACCACUUGCGCAGUAGCAUUGUACGCAUUCAGUGGGAGAGUCGCCGAGAAUCUCUGUGAUGAUGUUCGACUCAAACAGCGUAUCGCCCGGGUGAGCUACGCAAUCUUCAUACGCCCAUAGCUCUAUCGAGUGUCAAUCAUAGCAAACAUGAACCCCCUAAGAACUUUUAAAAACUGAGCUGCACAGAAAAAAGAAGACUUGAGCACAAACCAGUCUUACUGUCUUUGCUGGAGGAGGCGGGAUUUAUGACCUAUACUGCAGCCCGUCACCAGAGGGUGCUGUCCUCGGAGUGGCUUUACCCAACGAGAAGGCAUAUGGCGUCCAUUCUAUAUACAGUCUUUGACAGUGGUUCUCAACUAGUCUCACUCUGGGACCCAUAUUUUCCCAUGAUCCUUUAGUCGCAACCCACUUUUAUAGAAAUCAAACCAAGCAAAUUAAUUUUUUAUAUAUAAAAAAACCUUUAAAGCCUCUAAUCUUUCACAUAAAUCCUCUUGUUUUAUUGAGUAAAGUGCAUUUCAGAGCACAGGAAGGGGACGACAACUACUGAAGUUGCAUAUACCGAAAAUAUUGAAUAUCUAAAAAAUAUCACAUUAAAUAUUUACUUUUUUUGACCAGCUGUUCGUGAUCCAUCCAGAACGUGUCCGCAACCCACUUUUGAGUCAGCAACAACCAGUAGAGAACCCCUCGUCUAUGAUAUUAGAUCUGUGACAAUCAAGAGACAUCUGAGUGACGGUUUUUAGCUCUAGAUACAUAGUUUGUAAGUUCUUGAUCAUUUCAGGUACUAGCAUAGUUAAGUUAGCUCCAGCUAGCAGAAGGUGGUGGGUCUCUUACGUAACAAGGUGCAUAGAGAAGGCAAGAGAAGCUGAAGGGGGCUCAUUUAGGGACAUGAAGAGUACGCAGCUAUGUUGGGAUUAGACUGUAAUCAGGUUGAGAGUGGGGGGCGCAGGUGGAGGGAAGGAUUAGCUUUCUAAGAAACUCCAUGUUUCAGUAGCUUCUCUUUAUCCCGCUCUACAUUCUGCACAGCUGCUUUUCAGUCGUCAGCACCAAACACAGAGAUGUGUUCUGCCAUCCCUGAAGCCCACUUGUCUCAUUGUUUGUUUUCGCUGGAUUUCAGAGUCAAGAGGGGGGGGUUCGGGUUGUGUGUGCUUGUUAGAGAACUCUGCUUCGGGUUUGACAAGAGGGUCCUGAGGGAGGCGGAAACAGAGGCGCUCUGUCACCAAGGCUGUCACUGCAUUUUCACAUGCUACUGUCAAAGAAUAAAGGGAGAAAACAUGCCGACACAAUGUUUGAAACAACGUCUUGCUGCAUAAAAGUCCUUUUCUAAAACAAAUAGGGAAACUCGGUUUUGUCUCUAUCCUCUCGGAGGUGUCAGCGUGAGGUCGCUGUGUGCUAAGUUUUUAACAAACAUUGUCCUCGCAGGGACGUACAUCCCCAGCUGUGACGAGGACGGCUACUACAGGAAGGUGCAGUGCGAUCAGAGCCGAGGGGAGUGCUGGUGUGUUGACCAGCAUGGUGGAGAGAUGAUGGGAACCAGAAUCCACGGCACUCCUGAUUGUGGUAACAGAGGGGGGGCAUUUGGGGAACAGCUAUUUAUAUUCCUCACUCUGAGCACAGCAGGAAAACUCUUCUAAUGAGGAGGAUUUGGUUUGCAACUGUGACCUUGAUGUUGUAUUUUCUAGAAACAUGAAAAAGUGACGGCGGUGUAGAGUCAUUUUUCUGAUUUAAAGUCGAUUAGAAGUUUUUGAAAAAGGAAAUAGCUUGAUUGUUUUUGCACUAAUCACUGCAAAUUAAAGCAUCCUUCUGAAAGAAGUCAGAGACUUAGACUAAUGAAGAUUAAUGGGAAAUCCAACAUAGGAGCAGGUAACUUUUAGAGGUACCUUUUUUUGUCCUUUCAAAAUAAAAGUAUGUUUUAUACUCAGAAUAGGUCAUUAACUAUUAUAAGCUUAAUACUGAAUGUCUAUAUUUGAGAUAGAAUGACACAAAAAGUAUUUUUUCAAACAGUUAUUAGUUUUUUUAUAUAAAUAAGAUUUUCAAUUUAAAGGUGGAGUAGACAGGAUUCCAUUAAAGAAGCAUCUGUUUUUGUUCUUAAUAUCAGUCAAUAGCUAUUAGUUAUUGAUUACAUUUGGUAAUAUAACAAUAUCGCCUGGUUUUGUUAUGUCAGUGUAGUCAACAUUUUAAUUUUUUUGAGCGGCCCACUCUUUCUGACUGUAAACAAAGCCAUUCUCCGCCUCCCCCAACCUGAUUGGUUGUGAGGCAGACGCUGCUCCCCUGUGUCGUUCACAAGCCCAAACAAAGUUAGUGUGCUACAACAUCGGACAGUAGAAACCAACCAGAAAGUUCGGAAAAUUUUCUGAAUCCUCCUUUGGCCAUGACUGCCAACACAAGCAAGAAAACAAAGUAAAUACCGGAGAGUCUGGCAGAAUAACAGGCGCUUAAAACGGAGCUAAAAGCCGGGUUAGCAUGAAACGAUGGGGAACGCUUCGGGAUCCUACGGACCCUGUAACCUUUCUGCUGGACAGGUUAAACGCUUUAACAAAGUAAGCCAAGUGUCUGUAACAGAAAUGUUUCUUGUCAAACGGGACCUGCUGCGUGUUGUAGCGCUGCUAAACUGUUGACCUCGGGUCCUGGACUAUGUCACUUUAUCCUAGAUGUAGAAGUCCUGCAAACAUUGUGUUUGCUGGUAGUCUGUUGGCAUCUACAGUAGCACCACUUUUUCACAUUGACUGGACCCCGUUUGUAAUUAUCUGAAGUAUUUAUCUGCAUUAUAUCUGAAUUUAACUGGAACGAUACGAGCAAGCAGGAGCGUCUGUUUGUGGGCGGGGUUGGGAGGGGUAGUGUUAACAUUCAAGAUUUCUACCAAAAACUGGUACUUUCUUAGAUCCUGCCUACCCCACCUUUAAAUGAAUGUCAGAAAAUAGUGAAAAUGUCCAAAUGCUACCCUGUUUGUCCCAUUUUAACCAAUUUUUCCUCCUACUAACAGUGAUUAGCAUUAAACAAACAGAAACUGUGUGGACAUCUCCAGUUGUUUCUUGUUUUCCCACUUAUCCAGAUGAAGUGGCGGGAUAUUCUGGAGAUUUCGGAAGCGGAGUUGGAUGGGAGGAUGAAGAAGAAAAGGAGGUUGAGGACAACGGAGAGGAGGCAGAGGAGGAGGAAGAAGAGGAGGGCGAGGCAGACGACGGAGGAUACAUCUGGUAGUACUGUCUGACCCUUUAAUUUGGAGAGCCGUGUCACAGCUGCUGGCCUGAAAAUCUACAGGGACGGCUCUCUCUUGACAGCAAAGGAUUCUGGGAUGGGACUGGGGAGGAAUGGAGGUGUGUAUCAUUCAGGUGUGAUGGGUGAUGCUGGUCCAGGAAUGAGACGAUGAACAGUUUUUGUCUUAGAUAUGUGUAAUUGCUUCAUUCUCCUCUCUGUAUUUUGAGCAACAGAGCUUUUUUUUUUUUGUUUUGCCGUCCUGGAUUGCAGGACCCAUCGACUACUGCGCCAUAGGUAGCUACAGUCCAUCAGAGUUUCUAUCUUGUCUGACCGCCAUCUAUGCAUAUAGAGAUUACCUGUAAUUUUGUAUCGUGUGAAUAUUCCUUGAGUAUUACAGUCACCGUCGCACUGGAUUAAAAAGAGAUCGGAUAUUAAAGGAGAAGUUUAACUUUUUGGGAAACAGUGACUUUGAUUUGAGCUCUCACUUUAGCUAAAGGGGGUUCGCUUAGCUUAGCAUUAAGAUUUGAAGAAGUUGCCAUAUUGGGAUUAAAAGUAGGCAGAACAAAGCCUUCAAAGCUGGCUAAU